AUGGAAUGUGGCCGCUCAGACGGAGGUCGGCAGACUGCGGCACGCCUCCGUCUGACAUCAAUGGUGGGGGCGGUGUAUACCGCAAAAGCUCAUGGGAUAUGUAGUGUUCAGACGGAGGCCGGCAACAAGAGGCACGCCUCCGUCUGACAUCUACAAAAAAGGGGCGGCGCCUAAUGCCGAUCGGAAUACAUCUUGUGAAAAUAAAAUAAAAUUGAGUGGCAUAACAGCCAAAAUAAGAACAAAUAUGAAUAAGACAAAUAUGAGUAUAUUAGACAAAUAUGAGGUAAAAAACAGAUUUUGGGUAUGUAGAAAAAGAAUAAUAGGACUAAAGGAAAAGGUGUGUAUGUCUUUUCUUAUGAAUAUAGGGCAAAACUGUAACAAUGUAGGUAAAUAUUUGUAAUUAAGUGAAAUUUCAUUAAGAAGCAAUGCAUAUGUGUAUAUAUAUAUAUAUAUAUAUAUAUAUAUAUAUAUAUAUAUAUAUAUACAUAUAUAUACACAUCUUGGUAUUAAGACUGAUUGUCCUGUAUUCAGCAUUCUUUAAAUGUGUCAUUUUCUGAAUCAGUUUUAGAAUAGCCCCUAUACAUUUGGGCACAAAAAUAAAAUAAAAAGAAAAAGAAAAAGAAAAAGAAAAUAAAAAUAAAUAUAAACAUAAAAAUAAAUAUAAAUAUAAAAAUAAAAAUAAAUAUAAAAUAAAAAUAAAAAAUUAUUUUAUUUUAUAAAAAAUUAAAAAGGUCAAAUUCAGCGUUCAAGCCUUCAGGAAAAAGGGUCUUAAGUGUAAAAACCCAGUACAUUUCUCUUUUUCCUAAGGUUUUCACCAUAUCUCCACCUCUCCAUGGGAGAGUAACUUGUUCUAUACCAGUUACUUUUAGGAGUGUCGGGUCUUUAUUAUGUAUUAAAAAAUGCUUGGACACUGAGUGGUUCUCAUAGCCUCUCCUAAUGUUACGGCAAUGUUCUGCUAAUCUCACUUUAAGGCAUCUUUUAGUCAUGCCCACAUAUUGCAGCCCACAUGGGCAUUCCAAUAAGUAUAUCACAUUUUUGGUAUUACAACCUAUAUAUUCUUUAAUUGUGUAAGAGGUUUUAGUAAUGUUGGAGGCAAAAUGAAUAGUUUUAGAAUUUGUAAUUCCUUUAGUCGUUCUACACACAAUACAUUUGUUACACUUAAAACAACCUUUUGGUCUAGAUAAAAAAGUUUUAUUUUGUUGUACAUUCUCUCUUGUAUAGUUUUUAGUGAGGAUGGUUCUGAAAUUGGGGGCCCCUCUAAACACAACAUUGGGUCUUUCUGGGAUGUAGUCUUUUAAAAGGUCGUCUUGUUUAAGGAUAUGCCAAUGUUUAUUUAGAAUUUUUUUUAAAGUUUUAUUUUUAUUGUUAAAAUCCAAGAUAAUGGGUAAUUGAGGAGGAUCUACUUUUUUCACUUUGUAUUCAAGAAGCUCCUUUCUUUGUUUAGUUUUAACUGUCUCUAAGGCUGUAUUUAGCUUGUCUGCCUCAUACUUUUUGUCUAAAAACAUAUUUUUCAAUGAGGUAGAUUGGGCAUUGAAAUCAGCUGUUAAGGAACAAUUUCGAUGAAGACGAAGGAAUUGACUUUUGGGGAUACCAUCCAACCACGGUCUAUGAUGGCAACUAGUUUGGUCAAUAAUCGUAUUAGUGCAAACUUCUUUAAAAAAGGUCUUAGUUUGAAUACGUCCAUCUUGAAUAAAAAUAUUUAAAUCUAAAAAAUUGACUCCUAAAAGUAACUGGUAUAGAACAAGUUACUCUCCCAUGGAGAGGUGGAGAUAUGGUGAAAACCUUAGGAAAAAGAGAAAUGUACUGGGUUUUUACACUUAAGACCCUUUUUCCUGAAGGCUUGAACGCUGAAUUUGACCUUUUUAAUUUUUUAUAAAAUUUAUUUUAUUUUAGAUUUAUUUUUAUAUUUAUAUUUAUUUUUAUGUUUAUAUUUAUUUUUAUUUUCUUUUUCUUUUAUUUUUGUGCCCAAAUGUAUAGGGGCUAUUCUAAAACUGAUUCAGAAAAUGACACAUUUAAAGAAUGCUGAAUACAGGACAAUCAGUCUUAAUACCAAGAUGUGUAUAUAUAUGUAUAUAUAUAUAUAUAUAUAUAUAUAUAUACAUGUGCAUUGCUUCUUAAUGAAAUUUCACUUAAUUACAAAUAUUUACCUACAUUGUUACAGUUUUGCCCUAUAUUCAUAAGAAAAGACAUACACACCUUUUCCUUUAGUCCUAUUAUUCUUUUUCUACAUACCCAAAAUCUGUUUUUUACCUCAUAUUUGUCUAAUAUACUCAUAUUUGUCUUAUUCAUAUUUGUUCUUAUUUUGGCUGUUAUGCCACUCAAUUUUAUUUUAUUUUCACAAGAUGUAUUCCGAUCGGCAUUAGGCGCCGCCCCUUUUUUGUAGAUGUCAGACGGAGGCGUGCCUCUUGUUGCCGGCCUCCGUCUGAACACUACAUAUCCCAUGAGCUUUUGCGGUAUACACCGCCCCCACCAUUGAUGUCAGACGGAGGCGUGCCGCAGUCUGCCGACCUCCGUCUGAGCGGCCACAUUCCAUAUCGAUGUGUGCAAUCAGUCACGUGAUCGCGAAGGUCCGCGAUCACGUGACCAUCUAUUCUUGCUCUCUCCCUUGUUACUACAUUUCCCACACUGCCCCAGUGUUCACCAUGUGAUCGCAUUAGAUUGCGAUCACAUGAUUCUCGAUUUAAUCUAUUAUUUCAACAAAUAACACUCGUUUUACUAUUAAUCAUUAUGUAUUUCCUUAUAUUUUAAAUUAUAAAUACUAUGCAUUUUGUAUUUUUAAGUAUUUUCAUGUAAUGAAUUAUUUUGCUUUUUACACACUGUAUGGAUAACGUCAUUUUGGCGCCAAAAUUCAAAUAAGCAUGUUUUAUCAUAGUUUAUAAAAGUAUCUAUGUACCAGGCUGAUUUUUUAUUAUUGCCAGUUGAUAAAGCCCUGUGUGGCGAAACGCGUUUUGGCUAUUUUACAUACAUUUUAUAUUUUUUAUUGUAUCAAUAAAGGAAUAGUGGCUUUUUUACAACAACUUUGCCAUAUACCUUCUUUUCUGAUUUUUAAAAUAAUUUUUUUUGUUUUAAAAAUAUUUCCUCUCACCUGGUCAUUCACCAACUUGGAAUCUACCCACGACCAAGAAUCCUUGGUGGGGAUUGUACCACCUAUGCGAAUAUACUGAGCAGUUUAUCCUGCUCAUUCGAAUGUGAGUAUUUUUAUUCUUUUAUUUAAUUUUACUUUAUUUUAAUUCAGUGAGCACUAUAUUCUGCUUUUAUCUCCUUUUUUACCAAGGAAUUACCUUCACCUAUAUCCUACCAGUGGGGGAUAAACGCCACUGAAUGCCCACAAUACCAGAGCAAGUUCAUGCUCUAAGAUAGGUGAGUGUACUACCUACCUACCUAUUAUCAUUAUUAAUCAUCACAGACAGUCUACACUAUUGGAUCGUCUUUGUUGUUUAUAUUUUCCAUGUUCAUCUCUGAAUCAAGACUCCUCUAAAGAUUAGAAGAUUCAGCCUCUUAUUGGACUUUCUACUUCCAAAUACUUACCAGAACCUGAAAGAGAAAUAUACCAAGUACUGUCACUAUCAUCCAUUUAUUUGAACUUUUUAAAGUAUAUCAAGAAUUUGGACUAUCUUCUUUUAUACAUAUUAGUUAUAUAUAUUUAUUAAAUUCCCUUCUUUUUAUACAUAUUAUCUUUCUUUUACGUUAAAAGUGUUUUCCAUAUUUAUCCCUUUUUAUUUGAUAUUCUUGUAGCGCAACCUAUUAUUCUUGUUUUUGUCAUUUCUCUUUUGAGGACUUUAGAGGGAACCUCAUACCUAUAGGCUGCAGCUUCCUACUUGACCACAUCACACAGCGCUGAUCCAUUUUCUACCUUUCUUGUUAUAUGCAGUUUAAAAAAGGCAUUUGCGCUAUUUAAAAAAAAAUUAAAUAUCACACAUUGACAGUUUGAUAUAGUGAGUACUUUAAUUACUGUUUCAAUUUUUUACAUUGUGUGUGAUAAACACUUUUUACACAGGUCUUAAAGACACAGCACACCUUUAUUAUUAUUUUUUUGCAACCCCACUCACACCUCUAAAUUUAAAGUGUUCCUAUAAAUGCUGUGCUCCUCAAACCAAAUGCUACUAUUGAGCAGUUAGACUGGAGGGGCAUGAUCUAUACACCAAAACUGCUUAAUUAAGCUAAAGUUGUUUUGGUGACUAUAGUGUCCCUUUAAGGGUGCUUUUUCUUACUGUACUUGAUGAAAGUGGAAUGCAAUACUUCAAUCUGAGAAGCAUUCUAUUCACACAGUGUGGUGAGUGCUGUGCAUGCCCUGUAGGAUCCCAAUGUUUCCUUAUAAGGAGCAUUGCAUUGGCUUUUAGAGAUGUCCCAGGGGCGAAAUAGACUCUCUCACCACUGUAUAUGUUCAGAAGUGAUUUGCUAGUUGAUCUUAUCAGCUGUUGUGGACUAUCCCAGGAUGUUUCACAAAAACUGAUGGAUCAGAGUGGGAGACCUAGCCCACAUUAACAGGGGCUGUAGGGUUUAACAAUCCUGAUUCAUUGACUAUAUAAAUGCAUACAUACAAAGGGUUUAUACCCCCACACAAACAAAUCUGCGGUCUAAAAUAGCCAAACUAUCGGGGUUAUUCACUAAAGUAAAACUUGCUGAGAUUUCGACGUUAAGUUCAAAUUUAAGGCCAAAAGUGCCAAAUCAAAAACAGUGAGGUAGCUCAGUUGGUAAAUUCCCUAACUACAAAGCCUGUUCAAAAUUGCAAGGUCACAGGUUUAAAUCCUGGCUGGGUCAACUCAGCCCUUCAUCCUUCGGAGGUCAAUAAAAUGAGUUCCAUCAAUUGGGUAAUAAUAACAUCUGUUACUAUUCAGCUGCCGAUGUGGUUAAUUCUGAGAGCACGCGCGGAGUCCCACUGGGAGAAAGGCGCUAUAUAAAAACUAGAUAUUAUUAUUAUUAUUAUUAUAAUCCGGUCUAAUUUUUGAAAUUCGUUUUGCAUUGCCAGCAAUGCUCAGUCAGUGAAUCUCCCUGUCAGGCCAUAGUUUAAUGGGUUAUUGCCAAUACUGUGACAUGGCUGGAAUCCACAUUUAAGGCCAAACAUUGCAGGAAUUCUCCAAUUCUGCUCGCUUCCACUCCUGUUACUUUAGAUUUUAAUUCGAAAUUCACUUUAAAUUCCAGACAAUUCUCCCUCCUAUAGCCCAGUGCCAGCCUGUCUGUUUUCCCGUUCGCUCUAGCCCGCUGUUUAGUGAAUAAAGCCCUCAGGCUGUGUGCUGCCUCCUCUACCUGCAUGGAGUAUGGCAUUCCUUCCUGCACAGGACGCUACUCCCUUUUCCUGUUAUCUCGCCCAUCUCCCUACCACUCCCUAUUAUCUCGUGUGUGUAUAUAAUGUAUAUUUAACACCCCUCCCGGUACACGCCCUCUUUCUCGCUCCCUGUACAACACGCUCUCUCAUUGGCGGCUUGCCGGCCUCCUCUUUUUCGCGCUCCCUGAUUGGCCGCGGCUGGGCAGGCAGUGACGUCACCGGCUAGUCCUGGGAAGGGCGGGUUCGGUCCGAGCGACGGAACCCUGAGCGGUGGGGAGAGAUCCGCCGUGAGUGACGUCACCCAGCCCACCUUUGAUCGCAGCCCAGAGACACGCUGAGCCCACCGUGAGUAUGCUGAGUCCGCCGCCGGUAUUCCGGGGCAGGAGGGGUGGGUCACCGCCGAGUAUAUGGAAGUGGCCUCCUCUACCUGUGUGUGGGUGGGUGGGUGUCUGUGCUGUACCUGAGCGCCGGGGAGCACACCGGGCCGAGCUGCCGCACUCGCUAACACCCUGCAGCCGCACUUUAACCCAAUCACUGCUAUCAAAUCAUGGGCAGAGUGCUGGCAUCCUGCCCCGCUCUCCCUCCACUAACCAACUCUAUCAUCAUCAUCAUCACUUUAUUAUUAUUAUUAUUAUUAUAGUUAUUAUUAUUAUUAAUUAUUAUAGUUAUUAUUAUUAUAGUUAUUAUUAUUAUUAUUAUAGUUAUUAUAGUUAUUGAGUUUUGUUUUUACUCGGGUUUUGUUUUAAAGUGCUCACAACUGGGCCUCAACCUCUUAGAUUUACUUUUGAGGGUUAUUCACAAAAUUCCAGAUUUAUAGCCAAGUCUGGGCCAAAGAAAAUAAAAUGGCAGGUUUGAAAUAUGUUUUUGCUUGGUGCAGCUUGACUCUCUUUUGCUACUGUUCGGAUUUCAGUUCACGAUAACUCUGUUUAGUGCAUGUAUUGCCUUUAUAACAUUUUAUUAGUUGAUAAGACUCUGGAAUAUAUAUAAGCAGGACUGAGCAGAGGAGAUAUAUAUAUAUAUAUAUAUAUAUAUAUAUAUAUAUAUAUAUAUAUAUAUAAUAUAUAAAAUUUUUGUUUCUGAGUCAUUAGACACUAACCUCUGAUCUCUUGUAGUUCAAUACUGUAUUCAUGUUAUGUUGAAUCUUACCAGUGAAUUUUGUGUGUGUGUACACACAAUGUGAAUAAGUAUGAAAGUCUGGCACACAAUAUGUGUUGGAGUUAGUAAUGUGAUUACAAUGCAGUUUCAAAGUUUGAGAAUAGGAGGAGAAAAACAAAUGGUAGAAUUGAAAAGUCGCUCCAGACUAACCAUUCAAGAAAAAAGGGAAGGUCUUCUGGUAUGUUUUUUGCAAGCUAUAGAUGUACUAUACUUGUAUCAGACUUUACUAAGGGUUCACAAUGGUUUAGAGAGGCCUUUCAUUGUAGAGAUGUCUUAGCUGGCCAAGUGUGUACAUGAUCAAACAGUGUUCCAGCACAAAGUCUGGAUGAAUCACAGCUUCUGGUAAUGGCAGGACCAGUAUCCCCAGCUGUUGAAGUAAACUCUAUAUAUAAAAAAAAAAUUUAAAAAAUUAUGGAACCAACUUAAUGAAGUGAUCUCUCAACAACCUGUUUGUGUGCCAACUGACAUCUCUGCAAGCAAGGAGAAUGGGAGAUGACUGAAUUGUAUAGAACAGCUCCAAUAACUAGCGAAGUUCUGAAAUGGGGCAUAAUGGCAGCCCAGUUAGCUAUAUCUCUGUUUACUGCUAUGUCUCUUGGAGACUUCACAAGGGUUGAUGCAGCCUUAUGAAUACAAAGACUAUCAGUGGUGAUUCUAUAAUGUUGUAAUCAGCUUUUUGAGGAAAGAAGGCCUAUAGAUUCUGGCACUCCACAAAAAAGGACAUUCCUGCGUCUGUAUUGGGCCUUUAAAGAACCACUGUAUGGGACAGGUUUUGUACUCCCUGCAUGAGCCACCUCUUGACUGUUUCCUAACUUCCAAUCUCACUCUUUAAGCAAGUUUCCACAGCUGUAAGUUUUUGGUAGCACUAAUUUUUGGGCCUUUAAUAGGUAUGUUUCCCAAAACUCCUUCAGUUCAAGUAUAAGCUUCUUAAUGCCACCACCUUUGUGGAGGGAAAGGAGUCUUCAUCUGAUUCUAUUGAUCACAGAGAGGUAAGGAGUUUUGUCCCCCAGGGCCUAAUCACAGUUGUGACACCAGAGGUUUCUGGAUAAUUUAUUAGGAAAUUCAUGCUGUUCUGUUAAAUCAAGAGUCUGAUUUGGGGAAUUUGGCAGCCUUCUGACUGAUACCAUUUCUAAUACUUAUACCCUGUCAUGUCACCCAGGGGUAUAAAGAAGUGUAUGUUAAAAAAAUAUUUUUGGGGGGUGUCCCAUUCUAGUGCUUCUUGACUAUAGCUCAGCUACACCCAUGUAAACUUGUUAUGAUUAAUUCAAUACACAUGAAGUGAAGAUGGCUAAAAGAUUGAUUCCCGUAUAUUGUACAAUUACCAAUGAUACUUUAUCUGAAUUUAAAAUCAGAAAGCAUACGAAGGUCUACCUUUUGCUCAUAAUGUAAAUAAAUAAGAUUAUUUUUAUAAGUAGUCCUUUGCCAUUGCAUCGAAUUAACGUAUGUAGUUAUUUUAUGUCUGUUAUCACUCUUCAGACUGUUGGGUCUGUCAACCCACGUCUCUCCAUAAGGAUAUCUAAAAGUUAAAGGAACUGUAUAAGCCCCAUAACAACUAUUGAAAUGUUGUUUUGGUGCCCAUCGGUCCCUUUUUACCUUCUUAUGGAAAGGGUUAAACAACUCUUAAAUAGUUUUAAGAUUGCUCUCCACCACCAGAUCUUCCUGUCCCAAGCGGCAUCCAGUUUCUUCACAAAGCACAGUCCCAUAAUGUAGGGGUGCCACAUAUUGGCUUAGAGCAGUCACCUGACGAUCUGUAGCUCCCCACUCAAUCAGCGGCACCCCUGUCCUAUUACACUCUGCGUUUCCUGAAAAUCCUAAAGAAACCGGAUGCUGCUGAAGAGCACAACUGGGUAAAAAAAAAAAGCACUAGUUGUUAUGGUGUCCAACCCGUUACAAGGGUUUCCACCCCCCCCUUUUUUUUUUUUUUUGUGUCAUAAGGCCUGUGGGCAUUAUUGUUUAGGUGCUUAACCCCUUAAGGACCAAAAUAAAAUGGAAUUGUGACAUGUCACACAUGUCAUGUGUCCUUAAGGGGUUAAAGGACCACUAUAGUCACCCAGACCACUUCAGCUCAGUGAAGUGGUCUGGGUGCCAAGUCCCCCAGUUUUUAACCUUUCAGAUGUAAAUAUAGCCGUUUCAGUGGCUGUCUUCCUGACAACCGCUAGAGGCGCUUAUGCGAAAAUCUCAUUCAGCGUGCAGAACGUCCUUAGGAAAGCAUUUAACCUCUUGAGCCCAACGGGAGGGGGGCCCUGAGGGUGGGGGGGAGCUAAGGGUUAUAUAGUGUCAGGAAAACGAGUUUGUUUUCCUGACACUAUAGUGAUCCUUUUACAGUCCUGUCUUUUCAUAAAGUAUGCAGAAGAAUUAAUGGUUAUUGGGGUAACUCUUUAAAGAAACACUCUAGACCCUUAAAUCUUGCUGAAAAUCUUUGUCUGCCCUCAUUUUGGAAAAACUGCAGAUUUCAAUAAAAAUUGACACUUUUCGAAACUAACCUGGUUAUACCCUCUUGGCUUUCAAACUAACAGUAAUGGUACUUCCUGGUUACUUUGGCUCAGUAGAGCUUAACAUAAGAGGCAGCAAUUGCUCAGAGCACUUUUCUUGCAAACACAUCUCAGUAAUCUGUGAUUAGACAGCCACAGAAAGUCUGGGCGGGGUUAGAAUGGGAAGGUUUACAAAGGCAGCAGAUGAGAACUGCUGGUCUUGCACGCUGUUUUUAAAUAUACCCUAAAUAAAAAGUUUUCAAGUUUUUAUUUGGGCUAUAUCUAUUAAACAAUUUUUUUUUUUUUUAAUUUAUUUUGUAUUUGGGCAGUGGAUUGUUAUUUUAAGAUUCAAUUAUUCAUUCCAUAACGGUCUCUUUCUACUGUAUGAUCAUGGAUAUUGCUCUAGCAUAAUUAAAGUGUCUGUGUUGCCUAAAAAUAAACGUUUUCUAAUCUACAUCUACAUACUUCCCUGUGUCUCAAUCUGCUGUAGUCUUCGUUAAAUAUAUAAGGAAACUAGUUUUCAUUAUGUAUAGCAGUCAAGUUGACAAAACAUUCAUAGGUGGGAAUUGGAGCUAGCUUCUGUUUCCGUAGUGCAAAAAUGAAAGGAAAACGGAUAUACUGCAGUAUCAUCCUAAAAAGAAUUGCAAAAAAAGUUCAAUAUAAAUAUCACUUCUGUUAACCCCUUCAGGACGGGUGACGGACGAGGUCCGUCACGCAGGGGAGACCCUUAACGACGGGUGACGGACCUCGUCCGUCACGCGGUAAAAUUAACCCCGGAUCGCCGCUAUUGCGGCGAUCGCGGGGUUAAUGGUGCUCCCGGUAUGCCUCUGCAUUAGAGGCAUACCGGGAGCACCCGGUCAAGCUGCCUAGCACAUGUGCUCGCUCUGACCACAAGUCGGAGCGAGCACAUUUGCUCUGUAUACUUACCUACCGGCUCCCUGCACUUCCGGGUUCUGUGUGAAGUGCAGGGAGCCGGAUCAGUGCUGAUCCUGCCCCCUGCUGUUAAAAAAAAUAAAGUUUAUUUAAAGUGUCCCCCCCUUACCCAUUUUAAUAAAAAAUUAACCCCUUCCCUGCCAAUUGAUCACUGACUACAGUGAUCAAUUGGCAGGGAUUACAUUUUACUAUGAUCUGAUUUUUUUUUUUAACCCUUGAGGGUUAAUUCUUUUUUUUUAACCCUCAGGGGUUAAAUUAACUAAAUUAAUUAAUUAAUUAAAUUAUUUUUAAAUUAUAUAUUUAGAUAGCUGGGGUAGGUGGAAGUUAGUGGGGAAUUGGGGGAUUUGACGUUAGGCUAACUAGGGGUUAACGUUAAAAAAAAGUUUUAAAAGAAACUUUAAAAGUUAAAAAUUAAGCUUAAAAAAAUGUUUUAAUAACAUUUAAGUAAUAAAAACAAAAAAACACACUUUACCUAGUCCAAAUAAAAAUUAACCCCUUCCCUGCCAGUCGAUCACUGCCUACAGCGAUCAAAUAGAGAUCACAGUUUUAUACUGUGAUCUAAUUUUUUUUAACCCCUGAGGAUUAACUUUUAUUUAUUUUUUUAACCCUCAAGGGUUCAAUUUAUUUAAUUAAUUUAAAUAUUUUAUAACUAUAUAUUUUGCUAGCUGGGGUGGGUGGGAGUUAUGGGAAAAUGGGGAAUUUACUGUUACUGCUGCGUACUGCUAGUUAGGGGUUAACAGUAAAAAAAAUAGCUUAGAAAAAUGUUAAAUCUGUAAAAAAGUUUUAAGAAAGUUUAGGAAAGUUUAAAAAAAAUUUAUAAGCAAAACAAAAGUUUAAAAACUAGUUUUUAAAAGUAAAAAGUUAUAAAAAGUAAAAAAAUACAUUUUAAAAACGCUCAUUACCACUACACCUGGAACAAACUAGAGAAAAAAGUAUCCCACGCCAAGGUUCAAAAUAUGCCUUUUGAAUUACCCCAGGGUGUAUUCUUUAAUAAAUAGUAUGUGUUUGUGGGGAAGUUUCAAUAACCAACCGUCUAAACUAUUCCAAAUUGUAACAUGGACACAGCGUAAAACUUCAAAGUUAGAAAAAAACUGAAUGGCUGCGUCUCAAAUGCGCCCCUUCAACAUCCACAUGUACCUGGCAAAGGUACAUACGGGGGUAUUGCUGUACUCAGCCGACAUAGCUGAGCAACAUAUGAAGUAUUAUACAGUCAUAGUACACAUAAGGUUUGCAAAAUAUGCUGCGCAAACUCACUUUGUAUGUCAAAAAGGCAGAAAAAAUGCUUAUUACCACUACACUUGGUACAAGCUAGCUGAAAAAUGAUCCCACACUAAGGUUCAAAAUAUGCCUUUUUAAAUACCCUGGGAUGUCUUCUUUAAGAAAUGGUAUGGCUUUAUGGGGAAUUUGGAUUAUAUAGCCUGGUAAAAUACUCUAAAAUGGGACAUAGGCACAGCAUAAAAAUUCAAAGUUUGAAAAAAACUGAAUGGCUGUGUCCCAAAUGUGCCCCUCCGAUGUCCACACAUACCUGGCAAAGGUACAUACGGGGGUAUUGCUGUACUCAGCCGACAUAGCUGAGCAACAUAUGAAGUAUUAUACAGUCGUAGCACACAUAAGGUUUGCAAAAUAUACUGUGCAAACUCACUUUGUAUGUCAAAAGGCAGAAAAAACGCUUAUUACCACUACAUCUGGUACAAGCUAGCGGAAAAAUGAUCCCACGCUAAGGUUCAAACUAUACCUUUUGAAACACCCUGGGGUGUCUACUUUAAGAAAUGGUAGGCCUUUGUUGGGUAGAUUGAAUUUAAAACCUGCGAAGAUGCUUGGAAAUUGCAUAUAGGCCCAGCGUCAAAAUUCAAAGUUUGGUAAAAACGGAUAUGGCUUGGUCUCCUAUAUGGCACUGUAGCUUCACAAAAUAGUGACAAAGACAUUCAUUGGGUGUAUUUUUACUCAAAAGACUUAGCUGAGCAUAAUUUGGGAGGUUUGAACUUAGUGGCACAUAUGAAAUAUGCAAAACGCCCAGCAAAAAUGCAAUCCGUAUGUAAAAAAUGCACAAAAUAAUUUUUUACCACAUACUUUGGCAUAUAUUGGUGAAAAAAUGGGGGUAUGUUAAGGCACAAUAUGCACCUUAUGAGAUACCCUGGAGUGUCUACUUUUACAAAUGGUAGGCCUUUGUGUGGGGUUUUUGAACAGUCAAACUGUUAUAAUACCCCAAAUGGAAGCUAAGGCUCAUUAAAUCCAUCUCUCAAAAUUCUACUGUGAAUACUGUAAAGGACAGGUCUCCUAUAUGGCACUGUAGCUUCACGAAAUAGUGCCAAAGACAUUCAUAUGGGGUGUCAUUUUACUCAGAAGACUUAGCUGAGCAUAAUUUGGGGGUUUGAACUUAGUGGCACAUAUGAAAUAUACAAAACGCCCAGCAAAAAUGCAAUCCGUAUGUAAAAAAUGCACAAAAUUUUUUUUACCACAUACUUUGGCAUAUAUUGGUGAAAAAAUGGGGGCAUGUUAAGGCACAAUAUGCACCUUAUAAGAUACCCUGGAGUGUCUACUUUUACAAAUGGUAGGCCUUUGUGGGGGUUUUUGAACAGUCAAACUGUUAUAAUACCCCAAAUGGAAGCUAAGGCUCAUUAAAUUCAUCUCUCAAAAUUCUACUGUGAAUACUGAAAAGGACAGGUAUCCUGUAUGGCACUGUAACUUCACGAAAUAGUGCAAAAGACAUACAAUGGGGUGUCAUUUUACUCAGCAGAUGUAACUGAACACAAAAUAAAACUUUGUACAGGAAUAGCACACACCAACUUUACAAAAUAUACAUGAGAAUUUCUUUGUUAUAAGUUUGUGUGCCAAAAACCAAAAAAAACACAAUUUUACUCCAAUAUUUAGCAGAGGUUGGCGGUGAAAUGGCUACAUAGAAAGUGUCAAAACAAACUUAGGUAAAUAGCCGUGAUGUCUACUUUAUAUAAAUAUGUACUUUUGUGUGGCAAUUUUGUUUUCUUUUAUGGCUAUUAAGCUUACAAGACAAACAUACCAAAUUCUAAAAUCGCUCCACAUUAAAAAGUUUAUUUUACUCCUUGUGCUUUGUGACCUGUAACUACCAAAAAAAACUUAAAAUCCCAGACACAUUAUAUAUUCUGUAAAUCAGAACAAAUAAAUAAAUUUAUUUUUAAUUACUUUCCUUAACCUGCACUAAUUAUGCACACAUUAUUAUUGCAAAAACUGUAAAAAAAAACAAUAUUUUUCAUUUUUUUGCAUUUUUCUGUAUUUUUUUUAUAAUAAGUAAGCAUUUAUAUAUAUAUAUGUUAUAUCAAAUUAAAGCCCUUUCUGUCCUUUAAAAAACAGUAUAUAAUAUGUGUCGGUGCAAUAAACGAGAGAGAUGCAAAUUGCAGUUGAACGCAAACAGCAAGAAAAUGCAAAAAUUGCUUGUGUCAUUAAGCGUAAGUCAAGCUUCUGAAGCUGUGUCCUUAAGGGGUUAAAGGACCAUUAUAGUGCCAGGUAAACAUACUAGUUUUCCUGGCACUAUAGUGCCCUAAGGGUGCCCCCACCCUCAGUGUCCCACUCCCGUGGCGCUGAAGGGGGAGGAAGGGGUUAAUCCCUUACCUCUUUUCCAGCAGUUUUUGUGUAUAGGUCAUGCCCUUGCAGUCUCACAGUUCAAUUCUCUGCCAUUUAGUUGUCGCUUUUGUUUCUGUCCACAUGGCAGGGGUAUGAUCUAUACACCAAAACUACUUAAUUAAAGGAUCACUAUAGGGUCAGGAACACAACACUAUAGGGUCAGGAAUACAGGUUUAACACCCCCCUCAUGCCUCCAUAAAUAUAGCAAAAUCUUACUCUAUUCAAGACUGAAGCUGUAACUCUGCAUUCUGUUAGACUCAAGCAGUCUGCUGACAUCAUCAGAAGUGGUAGCCUGAUCCAGUCACAAUGCUUCCCCAUAGGAUUGGCUGAGAAUGACAGUCAGAUCAGGGGCAGAGCCAGCAUGAUUCAAACACAGCCCUGGCCAAUCAACAUCUCCUCAUAGAGAUGAAUUGAAUCAAUUAAUCUCUGAGGAAAGUUUAGUGUCUGCAUGCAGAGGGAGGAGACACUAAAUGUUUGGAUGCAUUUUAGGCAGCCAUGACCCAGGAGGGAUCUCUAACCGCUAUCUGAGGAGUGGCCAGUGAAGUGAUCACUAGGCUGUAAUAUAAACACUGCGUUUUCUCUGAAAAGACAGUGUUUAUAGCAAAAAGCCUGAAGGUAAUGAUUCUACACACCAGAACAAAUUCAAUAAGCUGCAGUUUUUCUGGUGACUAUAGUGUCCCUUUACGCUAAGGUUUUGGGGACUAUAGUGUCCCUUUAAACCACUUUGUUUAUGCAGCCCUAGUUGCACCUCUAUGCAUGUGUCUUGCACAGCCUUCCGGAACACUUCCUGUAAAGGGCAUCUAAUGUGUAAACUCCCUUUAUUAUACAGUGGUUUAAUUUAGAAUUCAUCUCAUACUCUAAUAACCUUCUAGAGACCUUGCAGGGGCCUCCUUUCGUGAUUGAAGUGAAACUAUAGUGCCAGGAAAACAAACUUGUUUUCCUGCCACUAUAGCUUCUCCCUUUGUCAAAGCUCCCCUCUCCUGAAGUGGUCUGGGUGCCUGUAGGGGUCCUUUUAACCCUAGCAGGUAACUAUUGCAGUUUAUAAAAACUGCAAUAAUUACAUGCUCUGGAUUAAGGAUGAUGGGAGUUUCUCAAUGAGCUGAAGUGGUCUGGGUGCCUACAGUGUCCCUUUAAAGUUCAAUUUACAGAGCAGGAGAUAAAAACAUAUGAAGUUGGUUAACAUCUGAUUGGACAUGAAACCAUGUAUUUCAUGCAGGCUGUGGGAGUUGCAGGAUGUAUGACUAGGGCUUCAUAAACAAACCAGUGUUUUCUCUCCAAAAUGGCAGAUAAUUAAACCGUGUGACUCCAGGGGCAUGAUUUUUACACCAAAAAUACUUAAGAUAAAGUUGUUGUGAUGCCAAUAGUGUCCUUUUAAGAAAAAGUAGUUCCUUAUUUGUCUUAAAGGAACACUAUAGGGUCAAACACAAAUCUGCAUUCCUGACCCUAUAGUGUUAAAAUCACAAUCUUAAUCCCCCCCAACCUCCUCUUGCAUCCCUAAAUAUAGUAAAAUCUUACUUGUAUUCAAGUCUGUAGCUUCUGCCUCUGACCUGUCUGCUGACCUCAUCAGAAAUGGUGGUCUGAAUGUAUCACAAUGCUUCCCUAUUGGAUUGGCUAAGACUGUCAAGGAGGCAGAUCAGUGGCACAGCCUGCACAAGUCAAACACAGUCCUGGCCAAUCUGCAAGUUCAGUGGUUUUUAUGCAGAGGGUGGAUACCCUAAAUGGCAGUACUGCACAGUGUGCAGCACUGCCCCAGGAAGAACCUCUAGUUGCCAUCUGAGGAGUGGCCAGUGGAGUUAUCACUAGGCUGUAAUUUAAACACUGCAUUUUCUCUAAAUAGACAGUGUUUACUGCAAAAGCUGGGAGGGGGGGAACUGCUUUAAUGCCUUGUUUACUUCAUGCUUAUGAAUGUAUGGUAUGUAUGCAAGUGAUGCUGUUAUAAGAUCUAUCCCAGUAGCUCAGAUUACAUUAAUUUUGAUGUUUUAGGAGGAUGUGAUCAUUAAGGGGUUAAGAAACAUAAUGGCACAAUUUUGAUAUGACUGUUAUAAUAGUUAAAUUACACUUCUUAGUCCAGGGCUUGACAAAUUAGUUUGGAAUCUAGGAGCCAGUUUUUGUUUUGUUUUUUGUUGAAACUAGCAAAGUUUAAUUUACCAAAAAAAUACAAUUCUUAAAGGGACACUAUAGUCACCAGAAGCUUAAUGUAGUUAAGUGUGUCCCACACACACAUUGACAUUUUAAUCCACCCAGAAUCCUUACCUGGGUAGGCCACCAUGCAGUCCAGGGCGGCCACCUCCAAACUCACUGAGCCAAGCAUCCGCCACCCCCUUAUUGUUCCCCCAUCCUGCUUUCAGCUAAAGGGCUUCAAAUUCCAGGUGAGAGGGCAACAUUUCAAGUUGCCAUGGCGACCUGGGUUUGGUCGAUUUAAAAUUCUAUUGAAAUCUGCAAGUUUAUAUUUAUUUUUUUGUAACCUGGUUACUCCCCUGGUUGUCAGACAAUCGGUCCAGUAACUUCCUGGUAGUUUAGCUCAGUGGAGCUUAUAUUAAAGGGACACUAUAGUCAUCAGAACAACUACAGCUUAUUGAAUUUGUUCUGGUGAGUAGAAUCAUUACCUUCAGGCUUUUUGCUGUAAAUACUGUCUUUUCAGAGAAAAUGUAGUGUUUACAUUACAGCCUAGUGAUACCUUCACUGGCCACUCUUCAGAUGUCUGGAGAUCCUUCCUGGGUCAUGGCUGCCUAAAAUGCAUCCAAACAUUCAGUAUCCUCCCUCUGCAUGCAGACACUGAACUUUCCUCAUAGAGAUUCAUUGAUUCAAUUCAUCUCUAUGAGGAGAUGCUGAUUGGCCAGGGCUGUGUUUGAAUUGUGCUGGCUCUGCCCCUGAUCUGCCUCCUUGUCAGUCUCAGCCAAUCCUAUGGUGAAACAUUGUAAAUGGAUCACUUCUGUUGAUGGCAAUGGGCAGGUCAAAAGGAAACCGGGACAAAAUAAGCAUCUUCAAGAUUGAAUAAAAGUAAGAUUUUACUAUAUUUAGAGAGGCAUGAGAGAGACAGGGGGGUUAGAUGGUGGCUUUAACCAUAUAGGGUCAGGAAUACAUGUUUGUAUUCCUGUCCCUAUAGUGCUACUUUUACGAGGCAGAAAUUGCCCAGAGCACCUGCCUUGCAAUGACUUAUCAUUGCACUAUAUUGGGAAUUUGAUUAAAUAGCCACAAACUCUUGGCAGGGUUAGAAGUAUUGCUUACAAAGUAUUUAGACGAGACCUGCAACAAUAAAUUGUUGUUUAGUAUUUAUUUUGGGAGUACCUUUACAUUUUCACAAAUGUUCUUCACUUGCUUUGAGUGCUCUCUGAAAGUGGAAUGCAAAGCUUCUCUAAAGAUUCUAUUAAUUUAAUGUGCCUAUUGCUGCACAUGUGCUGUAAGACCCCAAAACUUUUGUUUAGAAGCAUUAGAAUGGCCACAGAUAACCCAAGGGUAGAGUAGAGCUGUAUUUGGGCACAGUCAUUUAGGGAAAUUAUAGUUAACCCCUUAAGACCGGAGGGCGUACUAUUACGCCCUAUUUUAGGCGGCUCUAAACGCCGCCGGGCGUAAUAGUACGCCCUCCGGUCUUUCUUUAUUUACCCGGUCGCUGGCGAUCCCACAUCAGCGAUCGCGGUUGGGAGGACUCCCAGGGAUCCCCACGUGGCACGUCCGACCCCCUGGCAGCCCACCCGGCCAUGUGAGAGUGAGGUCCUUGCGAGGACCUCACAAUCACAUGGCUGGGAUAGCUGCCUCCUGCAUUGCCAGCAGGGGGGCUGCCUUUAAUGACAGGUAGUCCCCCUGCUGGCUGGAAAUAAAAUAAAAUUAAAAAAGUGUAUAUGUAUGUAUGUAUGUAUGUAUGUAUGUAUGUAUGUAUGUAUUACAAUGUUAAACAAAAAUCUGCACACCAGUCAAGCCAUAAGACUUGCUUUUCCCACAGAAAUCCCAAAUCUGCAGUGAUGUUAAAACCGCAAAGGAUUCUGGGUGGGCAUAUGCAAAUUAGUUUAACAAAGAAUCAAAUUUUUGCCUCAUUCCAUUUUAAACAUGGAUUCGUUUUAAUCUGUGUUUGCAGUAUACAACUGCUUGGAACACAAUUUAGGAAAAGAUGCAAAACCAGUGAACCACUCAUGGACAGCUGUUUCGUUGUUAAUGCAACUCUUCAGCAUGAGGUUGGUUACUGGUUUGCUUAUUGAGGCUUGGUAGAGCUCUUUUCCUAAAUUGUGUUCCAAGCAGUUGGAUUUUUGUUUAACAUUGUAUUAACUAUCCACAGAUUUCAGGUGGAAGGGGUUUUCAAUCACAAUUUUUCCCCACCAUAACCUAAUUGGAUAUAUGGAUAUAUAUAUAUAUUUUUUUUUUUUUUUUUUUCACUCUGGGUGUAUUUUACUAUUAAUAUAAAUUUUAAAUUACACGUAGACUGAUAUUGAUUAAAUAUAUAUAUAAUUAUAUUUAUAUAUAAUAUAAAAAAUGAAAUAUGUAAAUACGUUAAAAAAAUAAAAUAAAAAAAUAUAUAGAUGUUAUUUCGUUCUAACUGUAUUGUGAUAUUAAUAUAUUUAUAUCAAAAUACACAUAGAAUGAAAUAUAUAUCUAUACAUAAAUAUAUACCUAUAUAUAAAUAAAAAUAUUUUAAAAAAAUUUAUAUAUGUAUGUAUAUAUUUUUUUUAGCCUUUCUUCGUAACUAAAAUGCUCCAUUCCUUUUAUCAAUUUUGUAGCUCAUCUCUGCACUUUUUGUAGUGCCAUGAUAUCCUUCAGAACAGGUGCUGAAAAUUGCACAGCAUAUACAAGGUGUAGUCUUACCAGCGAUUUAUAUAGGGGCAAAACUAUAUUUUCAUAAAUUUAUGCCCCUAUUUAUACAUGACAAAACUUUACUGGCCUUAGCAACUGCAGAUUGAUAUUGCAUAUUGCUGCCUAAUUUGUUGUCUAUAACAAUUUCCAAAUCCUUCUUGUAUGUGGUUAUCCCUAAUUCACUACCAUUUAGGGUGUAAGUUGCUUGUGCAUUCUUCAUACCGAAGUGCAUAACUUUGCAUUUCUCUACAUUAAAUUUCAUCUGCCAUUUUAGUGCCCAGUUCCCCAGGUUAUCUAAAUCCCUCUGCAGCAAAGUAAUAUCUUCCUCACAUUGUAUUACUUCAUAGUUUUGUGCCAUCUGCAAACACUGAAACCUGGCUUUCAAGAUAAUUUAUAAAUAUUUUAAAUAGAAGCGGUCCCAAAACAGAACCCUGAGGGACACCACUUUUGUCCAGCCUGAAAAUGUACCAUUAAUGACAACUCGUUGUACUCUCCUUAAGCCAAUGUUCUACCCAAUAACAAAAAUAUUAAUCUGGAAGGGGGAAAGGGAAGGGGGAAAGGGGUAAAAACUUACCUUUUUCCAGCGCUGGGCGGGGAGCUCUCUGCCUCCGAUCCGCCCCGUCGGCUGAAUGCAUAGGAAAGCAUUCAUAAUGCUUUCCUAUGGACGCUUGCGUGCUCUCACUGUGAUUUUCACAGUGAGAAGCACGCAAGCACCUCUAGCGGCUGUCAAUGAGACAGCCACUAGAGGAUUUGGAGGAAGGCUUAACCUUAAUAAAAAAAUGGGUUAACCCUAGAAGGACCUGGCACCCAGACCACUUCAUUAAGCUGAAGUGGUCUGGGUCCCUAGAGUGGUCCUUUAAUAGCAUUCAUUUGUGCUGAUUUGUACCACUUUAGUUUUGGAAAUAUUGUGCGUUGUUUGAUCAAACCCAGCCCACGCUCUACUUCAUGUUAUUAAAAUGUGAAUACAAAUAUUCAGUUAGUGCUAAUUUGUCUUAAAAACAUUUUUGUAGUUUUGGCUUCUGAUAUCUAGAUAAUGCUGUAAGCUCAAUCUCAGCUUUGCACUUGAUAUAAUCAUGAAUAAAAAAGUACACUUUAUUUGUUAGGCUGUGCCAAUUUGUGUUUUUUUUUUUUUUUUUUGGGGGGGGGGGGGGGGGCUAAUUAAGCCACGGAUUUACAUUGCACCAGAAAGUUUAAUGUGGCAUUGAGGAGGGUUUAACAUGGCAGCAUACCAUUGAAUAUGACAUACCAAUUAUUGAAGUUUACAUUUUUUACUGCAAACACCAUGACCACUCAGUGAUUUGAAGUGUUAGUGGUGCCAGGAGUCUGUCUGCGCAGCAUUUAAUUAUUAAAUCUGCACGUACUGAGCUUAAAGGGAUAUACUGUAAGUGCCAGGAAUACAAAGCUAUGUUCCUGGCACUAUAUCCUGAUUCCAGCACCGAUAUUCCUUAGCGGUGGGUCAAGGUUCCUCCUCCGAUGUCUUGUGCAAGCAGACGCUAAUGCACAUGUGCCACACACAUUAGACCUCCCCAUAGGAAAGCUUUGAAUCAAUGCUUUCCUAUGGGGAAAAAUCUGACGCUUGAUGUCUUCAUGCAUAGCGUCUGUUACUGAAACAAAGGUCUAUUUGGAUCCAGGAAGUGCCUCCGUUGUGGCUUAGAGCUGCAGUGUAAACAUUUAGCGGUGGUUUGCCCCUUUGACUGGGUCUCUGUCAGUCUCUGAAGCUCAUUUCAAAGAAAAAAUAUAUUUAAAAAAAAAAACCUCACACAACUCCUGCAAAAUAGUGUAUUUUUAAUUCUAAUUACAUGGAAUGCAUAGUAUAAACUAGAUCACAUGGUCUAAAAUUUGUAAUUUCGUAUUCACAUUUUAAGACACAAGAUCCUGUAAACUCUCCAUCAAAAUUCAGGGUUAUAUCUAUAAUAUGUCCCUAAGACCAUCAACAAAUUUGAUCAAUGCUCACAUGUGAAAAAUUCAGUGCGCUCACUGGUCUCUGAGUCACCAAACAUACAUUGCACACACUAUGAAAACUAUGUGGUAUGGCAGAGGUUAGGUCACUGAAUAAUUACAAAUUAUUGUAAAUUAAAUCUAAAUGGCAAAUAUAGCCAUGUUGUGACUAUACUAGUUAGUUUUUCCACACUGGCUAUUUUUGCCUUCAUUUUUCCUUUCAGAUUUAUUGUGUUAAACUUCAAAGUUGAACAAAGAGCCAUGCCAGUUCCCAGGGAUUUUGGCAGGCACCCUAAUCAUUUUUAAUUGAAUUUUGCGUCCGGACUGGGCUACCACUUUAGACCCUUGGGCAAGUAGAAAUUGUUUUUAUAAUACUACACAACCCUUCUACAAAAGAAAAUGAGUUCUUAACAUAACUGAAUUGGACAGAGGUUAUUUUGUGAAUGUUUAUCUUGAGUUGCUUUUAAAUAUUUUGUGAAGAGCUUUUAAAAGUAGGUGAAGUGUUAGAAAAACAAAAUAUAUACUCAGCUUGGAAAAUUUUGUGUAUUUGGACUUUAUUAGAUGCAGGUUGUCUUUCUCACUCUUAUCAGUAAAUUGUGCAAAAUUCUUUUAAAGUAAACGCCUUUCCUACUUGCUGAGCUACUGAAGUGAAUACUACUUUCCUGGUCUAUUUUAUAUUAGAAGCUGUCCACACAAGUCUGUUUCAGUGUGCUACUUUUACCAGCAAUUUUGUUUGCCUGUUCUAAAGGGAAAGACCGGCUUAAAAAUACAAUACUUUUGUAAUACACCGGGACAAAGCGGUGAAUAGAAAAAUAUACAUUUUCAAAAUUAAUUUCCAAAUUCCCUAAAAUCCCACCUCAUCAGUAUGUUCUACUGCUUUGCUGGUCCCUACCCCAUUUUUACUCUGUACAAACUUCCUUGUUUGUCCAUAGGCAGUGUCCAAUCAAAGGGAGGUAUUUUGCACAAUAAGCAUGUUUGGAAGCUAUAAAACAGGAAAUGUAUUGGCAACCCCUUCUUCCCCACUAUCUACAAAACAUACUCGUAUUAUGCUGGGUAAAGUUAGAUUCAACAAUUUGGUUCUUUAACAAGUGCAGACCAGUUUCUCUGAGGUUUUGAGGUCUUCAGCUAAUAUCACACAGGAGGAUGCUUUACACAAGCAAGCGAUUUUAAGAGUAGACAUACUAUGAGAGGUUUGAAAAUAAGAAAUUAUUUUCUUUGAGGAAGUGUAUAUGAAGACUGAGUCAUAGCCAUGGCAUGAUUACAUUUGACCCUUUACCACGAAUAUGCAGUUCCCCUUUGAAUGACACUGCUUAAUCAGGGGGUGGAAUUUGUAUUGCCCACGGCAUGCAGUUCUCGGAGCUAGGCAGACUGGGCAUUUAGCCCUGCUGGGACUAAGCGUCAGGGUUUAGCGCAUGGCUCUAGGCUUCCAUUAAUUGGACACAUUCGUGGACGCUGAAUUCUUUGGUGAGUCAGUGUAGACUUGGUGAGCGCUGGACCCUGCGAGGAGGUUGUGUAGAGAAAUGUACAGUUAAUGGAUUGGUGAGAGCAAGGGGGAACAAGACCAUAAACUCCCAAUUUUUGCAAAUUUAAAAUUUCUUUAUUUUAAUUUUUAUUUGAAAAACGUUUCCCCAGACCAGCUGUUUUUUAUUUUUUUUAUUUUUGUUUUUUUUAAUUUUUUCUUGUUCCCCAUUUAAUUUAGUAAAUAACCUGUUCUGUGUAUCCCCCCCCCUGUGGCCGGGGAGGGGGAUCAUUAUACCCCCUGUUGUGUGCAUGAUGUGGCGAAGGCCUGUUCAUAGGACUUCAAAUUUUAAGAGCUGUCAUGACUAUAUAUUGGCUAUAGGGAAAAGUAAUAUUUAAAAUCCAAGAAAGUGACAGGUCACUUUUGAAUAUUUUGUUGAUCACUGAUAAACAUUUAUUUUUUUUUAUUUUUUUUUUCUGCCCUUGAUUAUGUACCACCUUUACUGUGGGUUGAAACUGGGGGGGAAAAAACCACUUCCUGGUACUCUUACCAGUAUGUAGUUCUAGCAGGCACCUGUUUUAUGGCAAUAAGUGACCAAUUUAAAUAAAACCUAUUUUAAAUGCACCCAGACUACUUUAUCUUAAAGGACCACUAUAGUGCCAGGAAAACAUACUCGUUUUCCUGGCACUAUAGUGCCCUGAGGGUGCCCCCACCCUCAGGGACCCCCUCCCGCCCGGCUCUGGAAGGGGGAAAGGGGUAAUAACUUACCUUUUUCCAGCGCUGGGCGGAGAGCUCUCCUCCUCCUCUCCGCCUCCGAUCCGCCCCGCCGGAUGAAUGCGCAUGCGCAGCAAGAGCUGCGCGCGCAUUCAGCCCGUCGCAUAGGAAAGCAUUUGCAAUGCUUUCCUAUGGACGCUUGCAUGCUCUCACUGUGAUUUUCACAGUGAGAAGCACGCAAGCGCCUCUAGUGGCUGUCAAUGAGACAGCCACUAGAGGAUUAGGGGGAAGGCUUAACCCAUUCAUAAUUAUAGCAGUUUCUCUGAAACUGCUAUAAUUAUGAAAGAAUGGGUUAACCCUAGAAGGACCUGGCACCCAGACCACUUCAUUAAGCUGAAGUGGUCUGGGUGCCUAGAGUGGUCCUUUAAUGAAGUGGUCUGUGUGCAUUGGCCCUGAAGUCUUUAACCCUGCAAUGUAUUGCAAUUUUGUAGAAACUGUAAUGUUUACAUCUGACUGUUAAACACAACUCCAGUUGCUGUCUUAUUAUGCAGCAAAAGAGUGAAACUUGGUUUAAUUCAGCUCAUAGGAAAGCAUUUUAAUUACUUUUUGAAAGUUUUACUCCCACUCCUAUACUUGUAAUUAUAUAUGAACAUGCAAUCCUCAAAAGUUUGGUGAAAAGUGAUUAUAUUAAUGUAGUGCUGUUGCUCAAUAGCCUUAUGCUCACUGGUUAUAAGGAAAAACCCCUAUCAUUUAUUAGGCCCAUGGUUGUGGGGUGGCAUUUUUGGCCUACUGAAGUUUUUUUCCAGAUGAGAGAAUUUUUUUUGUGCACUUCUAAACACUCUAGGAAUUUUUAGUUAUGUGGGAUAAGUAAACAUUGUUAUUUUCUGUAUUUGCAUACUGCACCCAGCCCUAGGCUAUUUACUGUGUAUCUGAAAUGCAGCCUAGACACUGAUCUCUGCUGGAUGCCAUGGGGAUCUUUUGUUACUGGAGAUUUUAAUUGGGGACCUUUGGCAAUUUAGUUACUAAUUCAAACCUGUGUAAAUGGUCUUGUAAUGCAAGUUUUUUUUUUAUUUUUUUUUUUUUUUUAGACUAUCUUUAAGUUAUUUUAACUUAUGGAACAUCCCACUCCAUUUAUUAUAAUCUAAACGAUCCGUUUACUUCUCCACUAGUUUUGUUGUGUAGAAGGCAAACCUGUCUGUACAUGCUGCAGGAAUCCAGUGGUGUGUGUUUUUAUUUUUUUUUUGGAUCAGCCCUGGCAAGUCAAGUAGUGCUGGUUCUGUUUUUAAGUGCUUGUUGUUUGCACUUGCAAAACUGGGUAGGUAGUAAAACUUACAAUGUUAUGAGAGCAGUAAAUGGGUUAUGAAUACGUGUUAUAUUUUGAUUUGGUCAUACUCUCCUUUUCCAAGUUUCAAACUCAAUUUCCUCAUUACAAUUCUACAGGGUCUGCCUUGGACAUAGGAUUAUUUUCACAAUGCCCCCAGUAUGCCAUGCUUGAAAUGCAAAUAAGCACGAGUAAACAUAAAAAAAAAAAAAAAGUUUUAUCCCAAUUUUUGCUACUACUUUGGCAAUGACUUACUAUAUUGUAAAACAGAUCUUUAUGUCCGCAUAUGGGUUGUUAUCCUAUUCCCACAUUGUAUUUAUGCAGAUCUGGUCUUUUACAACUGGAACAUUUUUCCCACUUAAGAAGGGGGGAAAAAAAUAUUCAAAUUGAAUAUAUUCUGGGGAAAGCAAAAGUUUGAGUAUAAAUUCUAAGACAAACAUGAUACACGUUUACCUUAGACGCUGGAUAUUUACAAGCAUUGGAGUAAUUAACUUGACUAUUCUUACCCUGCAGGUAUUAGGCUACAUUUUCCCUCCACUAGCUGUUGGCUGGAGGGGCAUGGAUUUAUGACCUUUGUUCCAUGUAGAUCAACUAUUUCAGGAGAAGUAUAUAAUAUGGGAUAAAUUGAACGUGUGUGUGUGUGUGUACUUUUUAUGUUGCUUCACUGUGUUAUGCAUGCUAAAGAGAUUCUAAAUGAAAUUACCCUAAAGAGGUUGUUAGAAAAGUCACAUGCCUGCUUAUAUUAACCAGUCAGUGGAGUGGCUAAAGACAAAUAUACAUGAAGCUUUCUUACAGAUACUAUCUACUCUAUUACAUUCUCAUAUGUCAAAGUGCAAUACAGAGGUCUAUGGAGUCCCCAUGGAUCCUCAAUUGAACUUAUCUUACAAUGGCAGGAACCACCUAUUUCUCCACAGUCCUCAUUAAGGAGCAUUGGAAAUUUAUACGUAUGCAUGGUGUCUUCCAGACGGCUGCUAAAGCUAUGUUUAAAAGUUCUAUGUAAAAGCUGCAGUUUUUACGUAAACUGUUUUUUUUUUUUUUCCUCUCCACUAUUUCAGGUUUAAAAUGACAGGACCACUACACCUCAACCACUUUGUUCUUAUCUAUGAAUAUUCCUACAUGUUUUAUGAAAUUUUCAGAAGUGGGAUAGCUGCUUAAAGUGAUAUUCCUUAGAAUAGAAAUGGCUUACUCCUUGAAUAUGAUGUUGCUUUCAUGCAUUUGCCCCCACUACCCCCUUGCAGUGGUGGUAUUUUGCUAAAUUGUGUACAUUAUGUAUAGCACUUAAAGGACCACUAUAGGCACCUAGACCACUUCAGCUUAAUGAUGUGGUCUGGGUGCCAGGUCCAGCUAGGUUUAACCCUUUUUGCUGUAAACAUAGCAGUUUCAGAGAAACUAUGUUUACUUUAGGGUUAAUCCAGCCUCUAGUGGCUGUCUCAUUGACAGCCGCUAGAGGCGCUUCUCACUGUGAUUUUUCAGUGAGAAGAUGCCAGUGUCCAUAGGAAAGCAUUGAGAAUGCGUGCGCGGCUCUCGCCGCGCCUGCGCAUUCAGCCGAUGACAUCCGAAGAGGGAGGAGAGUCCCAACGCCGAGGGAGCCCGGCGCUGGACAAAUGUAAGGGAUUAACAAGUGUUUUCCUGGCACUAUAGUGGUCCUUUAAUGUACGUUAUGUGAUUGGGUGGAGGAGGUAGCUAGAGUCAAGCAUUUAAACAUAAAAUGCAGUUUCCUGCUUUUGUUUUUGAGUUUGUUCCUGUGCAGAAAUAUAUAUUUAAUUUUUUUUUUUUUUUUGCUUCCCUCACAGCUUCCUCUGUUCUUGGCUAUGGGCCACUUUCUGUCAGUGAUACUAUGUAUCAAUCUGUGCUGAAUCUUUCCUAUAAUUUUAAACCAGAGAUGACUCCUCGGAUAGAUGUAAUCUGUAUACAGUUGCACAUCUACACUGUUCCUGCACCUCAAAGUUUCUAGGUUGUGAAUCACCUUUCUUCUGUGGAGUAAAUGAAAAUAGUUGAUGGACCCAUUUAGUUUUUAGCUACUUGUUUGACUUUUUUUUUUUAUUAACUUAGUGACUUACUACUUGGUGUUCAGCACUUAAAGAACCAUAUUUCAGUGAGAUCUACUUAGUGUCUGACAUAUCUGUAUAAAUGUCUGAUGCAGUAUUCAUGUGAAUGUAGGAAUGACUAUAGUGUUGCAUGCAGCUUGAUAUGCAGAAAACUGCACUAAGGGUGUGUACUGCCUCAUAGUACAAGGGUUGCAGUAAGUAGGUGGUGUAUGACACAUUGCAGGACUAAGGUCGGGGUGUGUGUGUGUGUGUGUGUUUUUUUUUUUUUUUUAAAGCAGGAGGUGACAGGUAUUUUAAAUGAAAAUAUAUAUAAACUUUUUAUUUUAUUUUAAACUGCAGUGUGUCACACUUGCCUGUCUUUAUUCAAACACACAUAAGCACACUUAAUGUUGUAAGACUGGGCUUAACAAACUUGCUUGGACAAAAUACAAUCUUAAAGGGACACUAUUGUCAGCAGAACAAAUAGUUUAAUGUAGUGGUUCUGGUCUAUAUAGCAUGUUCCUGCAGGUUUUUCAAUGUAAACAUUGCCCUUUCAGAGCUGCUUAGGAACACCUCUACUGACAGUCACUCAGAUGGCCACUAUAGGUAAUUCCUAGUCUAGUGCUGCAGUGUGCAGCACCAAUAUUCAAUACAACUCUAUGAGGAGAUGUUGAUUGGCACAGAAUGUCUUUUUGCAGUGCAUGCGCUAGAGCUUUCUUAAGGGAAACCAUUGGCUUGGCUGAGAUCUUGAAGAUUGAAUCUCAGCAAUGGAGGCGUGGGGGGGCUGUCACUGAAACAUGCUGACAGACAUACACUUGCUGAUUUAAAACACACUCUGACACACAACCUCUCUCACAUUUUUUUUUUUUUUUUGUCUACCCAACUUACCUACCUUUGGGAGAUCUGGAGUGGAUUAUUUUCCUGGGCUCACGUGGGCUGCUAUAAUUUUCAAGCUCUCAAGUGCUGUUUUGUGAUGCCGGAGCCCCAAGGACAUCAUAUCCCGGCAUCACUGCCAGACCUCUAUGCUCCCUUGGUGGGCUUGCCUCUGCUGAACGGGCUGACAAAUACCCAGCACCAGGGCUGAAUGGGAUGACCAAUACCGAGGUACCAGGGCGACCUGACGCCUGGGAUUCUAGCAUUUUUUUAAGUUGCCUCUUUUUACUGGAAAUACCAGUUUGGCCUUAGAACUCCAUUAGUAGUACAGAUUUAAAUACAGGGCAGCAUUCUGUAGUCUCAGCAUGGCAAUUUUAGCAAUCUCAUAGACAGUGUUGAAUAGCUGCCAAAUUCAUAUUUAUUUUUUUACAACCGAUUUUUAAAGGAUUUAGUCACAAAGCAGAAUAAAUCUAUCUAUAAUUAGUAUAACAGACAGCAGUGUUGAUAUCACCAUCUUUAAUCAUUUAUUCAGAUGGUGUGUGUGUGUAUAUAGUAUAUGGUGUGUGUGUGUAUAUAUAUAUAUAUAUAUAUAUAUAUAUAUAUAUAUAUAUAUAUAUAUAUAUAUAUAUAUAUAUAUAUAUAUAUUGGGAAGGUUGGUAGACAUUUGUAGUGUCUGUUUCUGGAUUAGUGAGUUUAGCAGUUAUCAGAAGCCUUUGCUGUAGUAAACCUUUUUUUAAAUCUAACACUGAACCAAAAUGCUAAAUGCACAUUGUGCAAUAUGUUUACUAUAUUAUUGAUGCUCUCUGGUAAAAGGAGUACAAAUGUUUCUGACUUAGGAUAAGUACAGUAGGUUGAAUGGUUGGAAGAAUGCUGUUAUGUAUUGCUGGCUGUAUGUAGUUUGGUCCCUAAAUGAGUUUUUAAGUAUAUUGCACUUAAUGAAUUCUUGGAUAUCAUUUCAAGGGUUACACAAUAUCAACAUGCAUGCUAUCUUUAUAAAUGAGCUCUGCACCAUAACCACUACAAUGAGUGGUAGCUUUUAUUUUCCAUAAGUCUGUUGCUUCCCCCAUCGCAUUGGAGCACAUUUUGUGCAUUAACAUUACUUACACAGUAAUGCACUUUUUGCUUCGCAUUCCUCUAUAUGUAACACAAUCAUGCUUGCACCAACUUCAACCAUACAUGCUUAACCCCCUAAGGACCAAACUUCUGGAAUAAAAGGGAAUCAUGACAUGUCACACAUGUCGUGUCCUUAAGAGGUUAAAGGGACGUUUUAAGCACUCUAACUGAUACUGCUUAAUUUAGUGUUGGCAACAAUAGAAGAGGUGUGCUUUGAGUUCUAAGAGGUGUCAAACUGCUCAAAGGUUUUGAUAAAAGCUGAAAAAACUGUACCUGAAGACUCCAUUCCAGCAACUAAUACAGUAACGUGGCUAUGCGGCUUAGUGGCCCUGUCUUUAAACAUCCAUAUCACUUCAUGCAUAUAGUGGUGGUUUGCCGUCUACUACUUGUAUCUACAGUAUUGCUUCAUUCAACCUUUUCCUGAACUGUUUCCUCUUUUUUUAAAACCAUCUUUCUACUCUUCUCUAUCAAUCAAGACUGAUGCUUUUCUUAGAUUUCUCUGCCUCUUACUCCUGGUUGCAAUUGAGUUUAUAAAUAGAGGCACACUACUUUUAUUAGACAUGCAGCCAGGAGUGAGAAUCUUCUAUGGGUUUGUGGUUCUUUCUCUCGCUAAUGGCUGGUUUUAAUUUGGUGUAUUUCUCUUUUUCUCUUCUGUGUUGCCCUCCAUUUCCAGCUGAGGGUCUCUUUCCUACUUAUGGAUGAGCCAGAGUCUGACAGCCCGGCCAGUAUCCUGGCCUCAGUGCGAGCACAGGAGGCACAGUUUGAACUGCUGUCUCGUGCUCUGGAAGAAGAGAGGAGACACGUCACUGCUCAGCUGGACCGGGUGUGGGUGACUCCACAGGAACCUACCCCCCCAAUCGCCAAUGGCACCCUCACCCGUCGCCAGCAGGUAACAUGAGGUGGGAGGUAGUCCUGUUUAAUGCAUGGCAUGUGCGACCCAUACAUACUGUGACCAAGCAACUAGUAUGGUUCAGGCAGAUUUUAAUAACUUAUCUAAAUUUAUUUUUUUUUUAUUUUUUUUUAUAUCAAAGUUUCAGGCAAAUCUUCUAUUUUGGCCUUUUGUCACUUAUUUUAGAACUUAAUAAUUUAGUCCAUGAAAAGGCACCCUAUUAUCCAGUAAUACAAAUAAGGUGAAUAUUGAUUUACCAGGAUUUAAAAUUUAAUGUACUAUGCUAUUAGCCAGGUCACUUGCCACUGAAAGCUUGGAGUGUAAAUUUCUACUUACCAGUGGUAAAUUUUCACUUUCUAGUUGCGACUUGAAAUUAUUAUUUUUUUUUAUUUAUUUUUUUUUAACCUGGUUUGACAUUUGGGGGAAGGGACUGGGGAGGAUAUAAGAAUGGCAUCGAUGGCUCACAAAAGUUAAUUACAAUCCAAAAGGAGAGCUUGACCAAUGAAGCCUGUCAAAGUGAUGCUACGACAGGGAUCUUAAAAUCAUCUUAAGUCCUCCUUCAUGAGGGCUGCAGAUUUGAACUCUCGAGCUUACACAGCUGCACAUAUACAUGCAAUACUCUCCCACCUCUUUCCAAGCAUCUGCAGCAUGGCUGAGCUCUUGGUGGAGGCUACUUCCACUUGUGUACAUUUGCUAGCCUCUGUACUGAACACCUCAUAUUGAUGGAACUUUAGUAUUGAGACAGACUGGAACAAACAGUGCAGGUGAUUACUGCUCUACUGCUGGCCACGGUCUUAAAACCAUGAUAGUUAUUCCAGGUCUCACACACUUCUAGUAUUCUUAUUUCAGCGCUAUCCUGGUCAAACCUGUUAGCAUGGCCUUGAGACCUCUGUGCAAUAGUGUGCAAGUAUUCGUAUUGCCCUCUAUUAAAUUAGUGCAGUUGUCCUGAUUUUAACAUCAGUCAUGCACGUGAGCAGAUGGAUGCGAAGUUGGUGAUUUGAUACACAAGUAGAAUUAAAAGUACAUGCCAAAGCAUCAUUUUGAGCAUUAAAACCAAAAUGAAUAGGGAUGCACCGAAAUUUUCUGCCGAAAACUGGUCAAAUUUGCCGAAAUGUACAUUUAAAAAAAAAAAUAAAUUUUUUUUGAACAGACUUGCUUGCAUUAACAAUUCAGAUUAUUAUAUAUCACAAUUAAAGAUGGUAAUGAUAACAUGAAAAGUCAAGAAUACUGCACUUGACAGUGGGGAAGAUAAGAACACUAUGGGACAGGGGGGGGGGGCUGCACUAAAAGAGAAGGCCCCACAUAAAAUUAUAGGGGGAGGGGGGAAACUUUGUUUUGUUUGUUUGUGUUUUUUUUUUUUUGUUUUUUUUUUAAAUCAUUUAGGGGAAAAAGACUGUUUCGGUUUUCAGCCAAGGGCAUCCUGAAUUUUCGGCUUCGGCCUAGAAUUUUCAUUUUGGUGCAUCCCUUAAAAUGAGUGACUGAGAAAUAUCUUAAUAACAUGGUCUUAACUCUUCAUCUCUAUACUGCAGGAUCGGCCACCAGUUGUGUACUCCCCAAUUAGGAUGGAGGGCCACCAGCUGCUACCUGCAGAUGAAAGCUAUGCACUGGAUGAGGAUCACUCCUAUCUAUCCUACAGUAUGUCCGAUGAUCCCCGGAGCGUUGAUAUUGCAGUAAGUCCAGAAUUCUCAAAUUACAUUCACUCAAUUGUUCAUCUUGGGGCCAUUUUAAAAUGUUCACUUCUAAUUUUGACCCCAUACAUUUUUUCAACAAUCACUCAAUUUUCUUUCAGAAGAAGUAUAACAAUUGAAAACUAUGGGGCAAGCUGUAGGAACUACAAAAUGAUAAAGUAACGGGCACAAGAGUGGGAAUGGAGCAGCAGGGUGUAUGGUUCCUUGUAGUGCUUAACAUGAGGUAUAUAAGUGGGUUUUAAGGUAGGGAUUGAGUUUAGUAAUCGGAAGUUCUGGUAAUUUUUCAAAGCACCAUAACUACUUCCGCUCACUUUCUGUUAUGACAUAAUGCUUUCAUAUAGAUUGUGUUCCACUUUGUUUUUAAUGGAAUGCACUUAGAAGCAUUUAAAAUGUGACCCAAACACUGUUCAACAAAAUAAUUUAGCUUCUUUAUUAAAAAGUCCAACAAAUUGUGUCAAGAAAAACAAAUGACUUCAGACACUGCGUGUGUGUGUAAAAUGCAGGCUGCACUCACGGACUCUUGAAUUCAUUAGUAUUUAUUUCAUCAAACAAGUAGAAAAAAUCGACGUUUCAGUCCGCACAGGGACCUUCCUCGGGAUCAAGUGAUAUGAUAAUGACAUCAAAUUACUUCAAAUAUAUAGCGAAAUACAUUAUAAUUAAGUGAUUUAGCCCUGGUGCAGUGUAUAAUCUCCGGCGUACACUGUGCAUGCACACCCCACUGAGUGAACUCACGCUGACCCACGGUCCAUGCGUGAUGAUGUAGCAAACACGUUGUUGUCUCUGCAAUGUUUGUACACAUCCCCAUGGAAAACGCUGUGGAUCAAAAGCGGAAGUGAAUAACUAAUGCACAAUAACUCAGUAGAGUGAAUAAAGAGGUGAUAGAGAAAUAAAUAAAGUGAAAUAUAGUUUAAAACCAAAACUUUGAUUUAACAAGCUAGAACAGGCUAAACACAUAGAUCAUCUAACCCCUGCUGCAGUGUCAUUUGUCAUAGAAAAAAUGCUAACUUCUGUAGGGAUAAAACUAAUGCAUAGUUUAUAAUGGACUCCCAACAGUCCUAUCUCACUGUGCUUGGAUUUACUCCUUUGCUCCUAACUAUUAAACUCACAGCACUGAGUCUUCUGCAUACAGGGAGUGCAGAAUUAUUAGGCAAAUGAGUAUUUUGACCACAUCAUCCUCUUUAUGCAUGUUGUCUUACUCCAAGCUGUAUAGGCUCGAAAGCCUACUACCAAUUAAGCAUAUUAGGUGAUGUGCAUCUCUGUAAUGAGAAGAGGUGUGGUCUAAUGACUUCAACACACUUUAUCAGGUGUGCAUAAUUAUUAGGCAACUUAUUGGUGCAGCCCGCAUUCCCGGUGGCUCAGCAUUGUGAGAGUAGUCUCGUUGUGGUCUCCCUUGUAUCCCCUACUCAGGUGGUGCAAUUCUGGGUGAUUUUGUAGCUUGAGAGCCGGGUUUAUUUUGCUUAAAGUAAGAAUUCAGACGGGAGCUCAUGCUGCACACGUCUGAUCAGCUCCACAGCCAGGCUCCGCCCCCCAGAGCUAACUGGGUUUUUAAAAAGAAUUUCAGCAUGUAAAAAAUCUAAUCUGACAAUUCUGAAGUCUAAAACUUUUUUUUUAUCGAGUAAUAAAUAAAAAUGUUAAUUUUUUUUUUUUUUGUGUGACAAUUGGUUUAAAACUAGGCUAUACAGACACACACCUAUGCAAUUCAACAAAGCAUUUGAGAAUUUGAACCCUGGUUAGUAUUUAUCUGUUUCUCCAGCAUUUUGUAAUUUAUGGAGCUAUUCACAAGUCAUAAUUCAAAUUUAACGCCAAAGUGGUCCUGUCCUUUUCAAUGCUGCAGUGAAAAAUAUUGCAGUUUUAUUUAGAAACUACCAUCUUUUCAUUGCAGGGUAAAGUCCACUUCUAGUGGCUGUCAGUAUGACAACCACUGGAUUAACUCCCGCUGUGUAAAGCUGUCACGUGAUGACAGUAUUCAUUCAUUGCUUUCCUUUGGGGUAGCGUAAAUAUGCUCACUGUAUUAGGUCCCCAUUGUUCCUUUAUGGAUCUCUGGUUUGGACAUUGCAGUAGGUAAGUAAACCAUAUAUAGAAGAAAAAUGAGUUAGGUAUUUUUGGUUUUGUUUGUAUUCCUAAAGCUCCAUAGUGUUCUCCCCUGGGUUAAUAAUAUUGGCAGUCUUCAGUUUACAUGAAUUCACUGUUUAGUAAUUUAACCCUAAAGUCCUUGUUACAACCACUGGAGACACCCAUUUUGCCCUACUUGGAGUUUAAGGACCUUGUUAUAAGAUUGUUGAUCCUUGAGGGGGAAAAAAAUAUAUUUUUUUUUUUUUUACUUUUUCAAAAGGCAAUGGUCCAUUUUACUAUUUAAGAUGGCCUGUUAGUAAGGACCUAAAUAUACUGACAACAGCAUAAGCUGCUUGCUCUUCUUUUGACUUCUCCUAGAGGUGGACACAGCAUCUGACUGCAUUUUGAAAGUGUAUCUACAGUUUUUCUCAAAAUGCUUCCUUUGUGACACAUUUCUGCUAUUUACCCACACCGAUUUUUCACAGAUCCUCAUUUUUCUAUCUUUUGGCUUUUUUAUAGCUCUACAUUUUAGUAUUCACCCUAUUAUGUUACUUUGUAGAUAAAACCAUCUGUUGGAUACUCACAAACGUUAGAUCGUCCAUAUCGAGAUCAAGUUGGAGGGGGUGGUGCAUACACGACUGUACCCAGAAAUUACCAUUUUCGAGGCCCAGGUGCAGAGCCAAUGCAAUUGAUUCCUCCCCAGCAACAUCCUGGGUACAGCAGUUUAUCUAGGCCCAAUCAGAGAUACCGCACUGUGGAACCUUACAGAGCUCCAGGUUAUGGGCCUCAACCACAAGUGAGAGGGGGUGGCUUUGGCGGUAGCCAGUCUGAUUUGCUUGCUGGCCGGGGAUAUGGAUCUGAAGAUGCCUAUGGAAUGGAAGAUGAUCGUAGAAGCCUUGGUGGUUAUGUAGAUGGCCCUGACUAUUCCACAAUGGGAAGGAGAGGAGCUAAUGGAGGUGACCCACGCAGGAGGCUGAGGUGAGGAAGGUGCAGUAACUGCCUUUUUAUAGACUGAUGUAUAGGUAAAGUUGAUUGCAGUAUUUUCAUAAGGAUUUAUUAAGAAAAUGUGAUGUUGACCAUAUUCUGAUAUUUUAAUCCUAAUGGCUGCUUUUAGGAGUUAUGAAGAUCCUCUCUCUGAUCACUAUGGGUCUACUCUACCUGCCUCAGGCAGCCUCUCGAGCCUUGGACCUGCUCCUUUGGGUCUUGCCCCCAGUAGUGGAACUUGGCGUCAGCCAGAAUUACCAGAGGUCAUAGCAAUGCUUAGCUACACUCUGGAUGCUGUGAGAUUAAAUGCAGCUGCCUAUUUGCAGCAUCUUUCCUAUCGGAAUGAGGAUGUCAAGAAAGAGGUUGGUUUUCUUUACAAUAUAUGUAUGCUUGCUGCUUUUUUUUUUUUACUGGUUUAAAAAAAAAAAAAAAAAUUGUCUUGUGUAUUUACAAAUGCAUAAAUUUACCAUUUGGCAACCACUAAUUACCAGGCAAAUUUUUCAUUACAUGCUUUUCCUAUGUCGUUAUUUAUUCGGUAUCCCGUUAUUUUUGUUACCAUUCAUUAUGAUGUUCAAAAGACGAACGCAUUAGGUCAAAAUAUUGCCACUUUUCAAUAAACCUAUAGCAUGCUUUCUGUGUACUCAGAUUUAUAAAUACUCCACAGGUCUAGUUAGUUCUGUCUCAGAGCUGUUUCUGAUUUAUAUUUAGCCAUAAAUGUUUAAUUUGACUGGGUAUAGCUCAUAUUCUGCCUAACAGCUAGACAUGUUUAAUUAGUAUGAUACUCUUGUCUAUUAUACCCUAAGAAUUGUGCAGUUUUAUUAUGCGCUAAACCGCUGUUUGUUUUUUAGAUGUGCUUGCUCAUGUUGGGGCAUGUACUCUUAUACACGGCAAAAAUAAUUAAAUGACUAUUGCCACUUUUGUGUGAAGUCACAAUAUGAGUAUAUUAUUUAAAGGGACACUACAGGCACUAAAUCAACUUUAGCUUAAUGAGUCAGUUAGGUAUGGAUCAUGCCCCAGCGGUUUCACUGCUCAGUUCUGUCAUUUAGGAGUUAAAUUACUUUAUAUAGCCCUUGCCACACCUCGCUGUGUGUGACUCACUCAGACUUCUUUAACACUUUCUGUAAAGAGAUCUAAUUUUUAAGCAUCCUAAUGUUUAUUGCACAUUUUGUUUAAUUUAAAAUUUCCUGUCUCCUCCUCUGGUAAUAACUUUCUAGACCCUGCAGGUGCUUCGUGUGUGAUUAAAGUUCAAUUUACAUAGCGGAAGAUUAAAAACUAAAGGAAGUCUAACAUCCGAUUUGUUAAACUCUUUAUUUUUAUUUUCUUUGUAGACUGUCACAGCCCCAGAGAAGGUGUGGCUAGGGCUGCAUGGACAGAAACAAGUGAUUUAAUUCUUAAGUAGCAGAGAACUGAGCAGUGAAACUUCAGAUGCAUGAUCUAUAAACCCAAACUGCUUUGUUUAGCUCAAGUUGUUUUGGUGCCGAUUCUGUUACUAUAAAGUAGUGCUAAACUAUUUCUUCAAGUUUUAUCAGUGACUAAAUUAUAGUGUUCAUUUGUCCUGUUCUCCAAGGUGUAGAAUUUUCAUGAUUUCCGCCUUCUUCUCAGGUAUGUCGCCUACGUGGAAUACCCCCUCUUAUAAGUCUACUGGAAGACCCACGAGCCCCUGUCAGACUUGCAGCAUGUGGAGCACUCAAGAAUCUUUCUUAUGGUCCCGCAAAGGAGAAUAAGAUGGCAGUGAAAAACUGUGAUGGAGUUCCAGCAUUAGGGAGACUGUUAAGGAGGCGAGGGGAAGGCAGAGAGGGGAGAGAAAUGGCAGAGUGUGUAACUGGUAGGUUAUAAAAUUAAACCGAAAAUGUGUGUAUGAAAUUGUCAGAUAAUGGAAAGAUGCUCUGACAAAAGUUGAUUUUAGCAUUUGAUGCAGCUUAUGGUAAACAAGCUGAGCACACAUGCAAAGAACUGGAAAUUUAUUUGCGAACAUAUUUCUUUUUGUAGGCAGUGUACAUCAAAUUCUUUCCCUGAAUUCAGUGAACGUGAUUGCGUGUGCGCCUUUUUAAAAAAAAAAUAAAUAAAAUUCUUUUCAUAUAACUUUUUCAGGCAUAUGUGAUUUAUACCCUUUGUAUGUUUUCAGCAGCCUUGAUUGGACAUUGAGGUCAUAUGAGGUUGGUUAGAUUAAGAGUUAAAGCAUAUAUGUGCUUAAUGGCUAGGGAGUUUUUAAGAAGGAAACCAUUCAAAAAAUAAAUAAAAAUUUGAAUACAAACAGGGAAAAGGGUAAUGCACAGAGCUGGUGACUAACUAUGGAGAUAAAGAACUAGGGUGUGGUUAGUGUAUGAAGUAAUUUAUCUGAAGUUCAGUGUGUGUGGAAUGCCUGCAAUUAUGUUGGUUUUUGCUCUCCUACACUUUAAUAUGUAUAAAGGCAUUGAAAUGUUUUAAGGUGUGAUAUGUGUAUUUUUUUUGAUUUAACAAGGAACAAUACUCGAGAUAAGCUUAUUAACAUUUUUUCACAUUACUUUUUUUUUUUUUUCUUUCUGUUUGUAGUUCAAAGAAUGUAUAGCCAGAACUAUUUUGUAGAAAUGCAGAGACAGUCAGGAUUUGCUUUACAGCAGUUCUGUCCAACCUGCGGCCCUCCAGAUGUUGCUGAACUACAACUACCAUGAUUCUUUCAAUGAAAUAGCCAGGGAAUCAUGGGAGUUGUUCAGCAACAUCUGGGGGGCAGCAGGUUGGACAGCCCUUCUUUAAAGCCUUGGAUGAAGUCAUGGGGAAUGUGUGAUAUGAGAGAAUAUAACACUGGCUUUGUGUAAAGUACAUAUCUGUCUGCAUCAAGUUGUUAAUCAGUGGAAUGAUCUUUGCAUAAAAGCGGUGUAUCUGUCUUAGAGUAUUCUUGUAGUUUCUGUGUGACUGCAUGAGAUGGGUAAUAUGGUGUGUUUUUAUUUGUAUUUAGAAGUUUAAUAUGCUGUGAUUCUGUUUUAGGGUUUAAUUUUUUCAGGUUGGUCUUUGGGCAAAAUAUAUACAUAAAAAAAAAAAAUUGGUAUAUUAUACAAAUAUAGACUGUAAACUACUAGCUUGAAUGCUGGCACUCUCUAUUUUCAAAUCCAUAUGACAUAAAAGAUGUUUACCUAAAGGGAUCUUUACUUUGAUGUAAUUUAGUAUAUCCCUUGUUGGGAGGGACUGGUAAUGGGUUUGUGAUUGAAGACAGUUUUCUGUACUGAUAUAACUUCCCCUUUCCCUUGUGUUUUUGCGAUGAAAAGGCACUCUUUGGAACCUGUCUUCUUUGGACUCCAUAAAGAUGGAGCUUGUUGAUCAGGCUUUAAACACGCUCACUCAGGAAAUACUUGUCCCUCACUCUGGGUGGCAACGAGAUGGAGGUGUGCAGGAUGGAGAAGAGGGGAAGCCCAGAAAUAUUGAGUGGGAGCAAGCCCUGGUUAACACUACUGGCUGUCUAAGGUGAGGGAAUAUAUGUUGUUGUUUUAAUGGACACUUUUUUUUUUUUUUUUCUCUUUGGGUCAGUGUCAGGUAAUUGUUCGUUUAUUUUUUUUUAUUUUUUUUAAAGAAACAUUUCCUCUGAGCGCUCUGAGGCACGCAGGAAGAUGAGAGAGUGUGAGGGACUAGUGGACUCUGUUGUUUACAUUCUUCGGUCUGAGAUAAGCAACAAGCAAGUAGACCGUAAGGUGAGUUGUUUAUUUUGCACUAGCCAAUAUGCUAAUUUGCAUUUGGUAGCUAGAGAGGAGCAGUAGGCAAAAUCCAAUUUGCUUGCAAGGUAACAAGCUACUAAACAUUGUCAGUUUGAGACAUUUCAGGCUGAAAAAAAAUAUACUCCCUUUUAAUGUUCAUGCUGUUACUUCUAAUUUACAGACCAGCACCAGAACCCCUUAAAGACCAGGAAAUACUUUGCCACAUAGGUGAUUCUCAUUUGGUUCUGCAGACUAGGAUAUUUCCAUAAACACCUUCACAACAGGUGUUUACAGGCUGUAUUAUUCAGACUUAUGUUCUGGGUCUCAGUGAUGAACUAGCUGAUGGCAGUCUUACUGGAACAGUUCAUCCCAUUUAGUUUAUUGAAUGGGGCUGUGUGUGUCAUUCUUCUUGAGCUGGAGAGGGAAGAGACACCACAUGUGUAGCCAAGCAUGUUCUUUGUACUAAAGUUAGUUCAUUCCUCCUUUGUCAUCUUAAUUUGCAGUCUUAUGGCUGAAGAUUGCUGCAUUUGUAAAGCUGAUAACCAUCAUUCAUAUUAACUUCCCCUCCAUAUGUUCUGUGCAGUAUAUUUGUAUAAACUAGAUCAGUUGGAGUUGUUUUUUAGUUUGCAUUUUCAUUGUAUUACAUAAUUUUAACAUUGGGUCUUAUUCCCUCAGCUUGUGGAGAAUGUAGUAUGCCUGCUUAGGAACCUAUCAUACCACAUACACCGUGAGAUUCCACAGGCUGAGAAAUACCAAGAAGCACCACAAAAUAACACCGCUGAGCCCCGCAAUCAAAGUUGCUUUGGAGUUCGACGAGGAAAAGGUGCUCUUUCCACCCCCCACUUAUAUUGAUGUGUGAGAUUUAGCGAUUAAGUAUUCAGUGCUGUUGUGAUGCAAGAGUUAGGAUCAUCACUUUGACAACCCUAGCUUGUAUAUUUCUCUUGCUAGGGUUGAUGAGGUAUUUCAGCAUAAUUUGGUAUCCGGUAAUGAGCUCUUCUAAUAAAGUAUGCCCUUCCAUAUGUUGCCAGUGCAGGAAAUAUUUGUUGCUGUACCUGUCCCUAGUCACCCAUGCUCUUUUACUGUAGGAGUUUGCAGGGGUUACAUAGGCCGAAAAGAGAUGUCCAUCAUGUUCAGCCUUUCUCACAUUUGUUUUUUGCUGUUCAUCCAUAAAAAAGGCAAAACACCCAGUUUGAAGCACAUUAAAUUUUACAAGAAACUGGGGAGGAGGGGAGAAUCUUAUUGACACCAGAAUGGCAGUCCAACUUAUCCUUGGAUCAAGAAGCUAUUACCCACAAUUUAAAAAUGUAUAUCCUUUAAUGUUAUGUUUUAACAAGUAUGCAUCCAAUUGCUCUUUAACCAUCUGUGCAGACUUUGAUAAAACCUCAUUUUCAGGCAGGGAAUUUCAUACUUAUUUUUCUUACGGUAAAUAAAAAAAAAAAUGCCUUUGCUUUAGACUAAACUUUCUUUUCUUCCAGUCUAAAUGCAUGACUGUUUUUAAUAGUAAACAGAAUAGUCAAUGAACAGGUUUAUCCCAAUCUUUUUGUAAAUUCAUAAGUUUUGUGACUUCAGGCAAGAAGACUUCAGAAGAGAAUGCUGCAGAUGCUGUUGAUUUUCCAAAGAGAACAGCCCCAGCACAAGGUGAAGUGUUUUUUUUGGGUUUUUUUUUGUUUGUUUAAUAUGAAGGGUUUAGUUUUUUUUUUUUGUUUUUUUUUCUCCAGUGACUUGGAUGCACCCCCAUUUAAUUCUUAAAGGGACACUAUAGUCACCUGAACAACUUUAGCUUAAUGAAGCAGUUUUGGUGUAUAGAACAUGCCCCUGCAGCCUCACUGCUCAAUCCUCUGCCAUUUAGGAGUUAAAUCCCUUUGUUUAUGAACCCUAGUCACACCUCCCUGCAUGUGACUUGCACAGCCUUCCAUAAACACUUCCUGUAAAGAGAGCCCUAUUUAGGCUUUCUUUAUUGCAAGUUCUGUUUAAUUAAGAUUUUCUUAUCCCCUGCUAUGUUAAUAGCUUGCUAGACCCUGCAAGAGCCUCCUGUAUGUGAUUAAAGUUCAAUUUAGAGAUUGAGAUACAAUUAUUUAAGGUAAAUUACAUCUGUUUGAAAGUGAAACCAGUUUUUUUUUCAUGCAGGCUCUGUCAAUCAUAGCCAGGGGAGGUGUGGCUAGGGCUGCAUAAACAGAAACAAAGUGAUUUAACUCCUAAAUGAGCAGGGGAAUGAUCUAUACCAGUGGUAGUCAACCUUUUUCUUCCUACCGCCCACUAAUGUAUCUUUCUUGAUGGAAAAAAUUCCUUACCGCCCACCAGUUUUCGCGCAAGUGCGGAAUAUUUUUUAUAAAGGAGGGCGUUUUAAAAAAAAUGUACGUACAUUUAUCUUUUUAUUUCUACUUAAUGCAUGUUUAUAAUGUUUUUAACUUUAUGAAGUUUAAUGAGAAAACAAAGUAAAUUGAAAUUACCUUUACUAGUGAUUAAUGAGAUCCUUGAGGUUGAUGCUGCGAGAGUAAAUAUUUGAUAUCUGGUUCGAUUUUUGUAAGGAACAAACAAAGGUCUCCUCUUUCGGUGAUAUUCAGAUGCCUUCUCUGUUUGCGCAUAUGAUUUCUCAUCUGUGCGUCAGCUCCCCUCCUCAAUUCCUCUCCCCACCUUUUUAUUUAUUUAUUUUUUUUCUUCCUUUUUUUUUCUUCUAUUUUUUAACUUCCCUUAUAGCAAUGCCCAGUAGGAAGGCUGAGCUAGGUAGCCCACUUACUAUAGCCCACUAUAACAGACAGGCGCACACACAUACAUACAUACAUACAAAGACACAUACACACACAACAAAUACAUACAAAGACACAUACACACACAAAUACAUACAAAUACAUACAAAGACACAUACACACACAACAAAUACAUACAAAGACAACACGACACAAAUACAUACAAAGACAUAUUCAUAAGACACACAUACAUACAUACAUACAUACAUACGACACACAUACAAAGACAAGACACACACAACACAAGACACAAAUGCAUACAAAGACACAUACAUAAGACACACAUACAUACAUACACACACACACAAAACAUACAUACAAAGACACACAAACACACACAUUAUAUUUAAGCCACCCUCCUGCUUCCUACAUUUAAGGUGCAGGAGGGUGACUUUCCCUGGGGUCCAGUGGUGGCUCAGGUGGAUGGGAGUUAGAGUUCCCACUCUGACUCCCCUGCUCUUCCUCCCGCGCGGCUCUCAGUGUUAACUGGGAGGAGUGAUGUGCAGUCACUUCCUCCCAGCUCUGUGAUGUAAUCACAGGGAGCCCGGUCGCGCUGUUAAAUCGCCCAGCGCUGACCGGGCCACCUGAUGGACCCCUUGGAUUGCGGCCCUGGCAGUUUGCCGCCUGGGCCGCAAAUGGUGAUUGCGGUACCCAGUCGCAGGGGUACCGACGGCUCAUGCCCACCCAAUCUCUCCAAAUGAGAAAAUCCCUACCGGCCACCUGGAAUCCUGAAACGCCCACUAGUGGGCGGUAGGGACCAGAUUGACGACACAUGAUCUAUACACUAAAACUUAUUUAGCUAAAGUAAUUUAGGUGACUAUCGUGUUACUUUAAAUAUGCAUGCAGCAGACCACCACACUCGUAUUUUUUUUUUUUUACAUUUCUUUAAAAACAAACUUGUUUUUUUUUUUUUUUGUUUGUUUUUUUUUAAUCCAGUCAAUAUACUGUUACUCCACUCGUCCAUUGGUUGUGGUUUGGGAAGGAGUAUUCUAGUAGUAGACCUCUAUAUUGUUAUACUGUUGACAUGCAUUUUUCUAACUUCAAAUUUUUUUUUUCCCUCCCUCCUUCUCCCCAUUCUUUGUGAACACUCUCCAGGUUAUGAGCUUCUCUUUCAGCCAGAGUUAGUGCAGCUUUAUGUGUCUCUUGUAAAGUCUUCUCGCACAGAGGCGGUGCUGGAAGCAGCAGCUGGAGCCCUUCAAAACUUGUGUGCUGGAAAUUGGACUGUGAGUGCCUUUUUGUGAACUCACUCUCGCGCUAAUGAUUUUGUAAAUGCUUUUGUGUGCUCAUGCUUGCAGUGUGCUAUAUUUGCGUACAAUGUUAUGUUUUACACGUGUGUAGAAUGUUUUUUUAAAUUUUUUUUUUUUAUUCAUACACUAUCAUAAUGAAGAGAGAAUUAUUUUCUAGUAUAGUAUCUUUUAAACUGUUCGUACCCUAGCAUGUAUACUUGCCCUGUAGUCUGACGCUCUGUGGUGUAUGUGCGCUCUCGCAGUAUGGCCGCUGUAUUCGUGCUGCUGUUCGUCAGGAGAAAGGGCUUUCGUUACUGGCUGAUCAUCUGAACAACAAGAGUGAGCGUGUUGUACGUGCCGUAUGUGGAGCAUUGCGCAAUCUCUGUGGAGACAGCCGGAACAAAGAACUGAUUGGUGAGGCAGCUUAAUUUUUUUGUAUGGGUGAAAGGCAGAUAUUUUAAGUGCAAACUCGUGUUAUAAAAAAAAUGUAGAGCGCUAUAGAAUGCAUAAGUGUACAUCCAAGUGUUUUUUGUUACCAUAUACAUUGCUCAACGUUUUGGGCAGUGUUUUAAAACUAUGCAAUAGGGAUACUUAACAAAUAAUUGACCUAACACAAGUAAUGUUGAUGGCCCAGAUUAACUUGGUUUAAAACUAAACAUACAUACAAAUACUCUUUAAAGGGCAGAAUAGCUCUGGAAGAUUUGAAGAAGUGUUAACUUGCAUUUUUAUAUUUUUCUGGGGUUUGUACACCUACCUGUUAGCUGCAAAAAUACUCACUUUCAUUGUAUUCUGUAUUGUACCUUCAUGUAGGUAAGCAUGCGCUCAACAGUCUUGUGGCACAGCUUCCCAGCUCAUCUCCCCAGUCAUAUGGAUUGUCAGAAGAUACUACUGUUGCCAUUCUUGGUGUCAUUCAGGAAGUAAUCACUGGUAAUCUGGAAGCUGCAAAAAAGCUUAGAGAAAGUCAAGGAAUUGAAAGACUGGUUUUGAUCAACAAGGGAGGGUCAGUGAAACAACCCUUAAUUAUUGAUUUCAUUUUAAGCAGGAACUGAUGGUGUUUGAGGUAAAAGUGGAUUUUCGAUAUUUUCUAACUGACUAUUUUCCCAUAGUGGACGCUCUGACAGAGAGAUACGUGCGGCAGGUUUUUGCUUACAAACAGUUUGGGGUUAUAAGGAUCUGAGAAGACCAUUAGAGAAAGAAGGGUGGAAAAAGACAGAUUUCCAGGUAACUAAAAAUCUGCCAACACUGUUAAUGGUGUCAUUCCCCCCCCCCCUUAACAAUUGCCACGGUCUUAUAUCUGAUGGUUUUUAUUUGUUUUGUUUUUUAGGUGUCUCUUGCUGGGACGACUCGUGCACAAGGUUAUGAUGAUAGCACUCUUCCGCUUAUUGAUCGGAAUCAGAAAAAUGGUGGGUAAUCAACCAUUAAGUAUAUCCCUUCUCCUUGACUCUUGGGAUGUCUAAUCUGUGUAUUUUGGUCUUGCAGAUAAGAAGUCUGGUAGCAUGGACAUCCCUUUGAAUGAUAUCAGAACAGGUAAGACAUCCUGAGAGUUAAUAAAUCCUUUGCUUAACAAAAUCACUAAAAUUAACUUUUUUUUAAAAUGGACAUAGCUGGUGGAGCAUCAUUGAAUAAAGAGAUUUUAAUCUCCAGUCAGUAAAGUAUUCCAACAUAUUUGCAUAUCUGAUUUCCACCUGUAUAAAUUCAUGCAAUAGUUUGCAUUUUCUUGUACCAAAGAAAACCACUCCCGUAACCAAACACCUCUUCCACACUUUAAAUACUGUUCUUCGCCCCUUUUCAACAACCCCAUUGACUGCAGCAAUCUGCUUCUGCCAACUAGCCCUGCUACAGUUUAUAAUGAUGGCUGCAUAGAGGCUUAUGUUCCUUUUGUCCCACUCUGCCUUUCCCCUCACAGUCCCUACAUUGGCUUCCCAUAAGAUACAGGGCUCAAUUUAAAAUUCUGAUCCUCUUAAUCUCUUCAUAACACUGCUUCUAUCUAAAUAUCCUCGCUAAUACAAAAGUAUGCCAUAUUAAGGCCCUACACUCUGCUGAAGACCUCUGUUCGUGCUCACACCUCUGACUCUCUCCACCAGACCCUUUUCUAGGGCUACACUGUUCCUAUGGAAAACCACUUCCCUGCUCCACUAGACUGUCACCUAGUCUCCCUUUAAAUCACUGAAAACUCACAACUUCAAGAAGGGACAUGAAUUAAACUGUAAACAGCUUUUAUUCCCCACACCUCACCAACCCAUCUUCUCUCCGGCAGCUGUCAUAUUUAAAAAAAACACAAAAAAACUAAACUUUCAUUGUAAACGUUAGCAACCUGCUUUUCCAUUACAUGAAUGUCUUCCCCUUGCCUGUUGUCAUUUGCCCAACUCACCUUUAGAAUGUAAGCAGGUUUGAGGAGAAUCUCCUGUUCCUGUAUAUUCAGCUUUUAUUGUUGUAAUUAGUUUUAAUUCACCUAUUGUACAGCGCCAUGGGAUUUGGUGCUUUAUUGAUAAAUUUUAAUGAUAAAUGACGUAAUAUGUUGGUAACAAAAAAGUAUAGCCAAAACAACUGUGUACAUUCUAUCAUAUAAAGUCUUUAUCAAAAUAAUUUCUUUGGGCAGCAUACUGCCCUUUCCAUGGAGACAUGUUACGCCAUCCAAAAUGUGUUUUUUUUUUUUUUUUUAACCUUUACAAUUUUGACUGGGCCAAAUCUUUGCUUGCUGUGGGUCAUGAAAUUUGGAGUGCAUUACUGUGUAGGACUAUCCUCUUUGCAUAUUUAGGUUUAUUUUAUUUCUGUACCAUUUAGAAAACAUGUUAUUGUAUCAGGACUGAGUGAUUUAACUUCUAACUACAGAAUGAAAUAAAUACAAGUCUCUUGAAAAAGGAUAUAAAAUCUUUACCAAAUUGCAUAUCCUUUUUCAAGAGAUUUUUGUAUUUUUCAUCUUGUAGUUUGAAGUUUUAAUCAUUCAGUCCUGAUAGUUAUAAAUCUGUGAAUAAUAACCCCACUCAAGUCAUUUAGAGCAUUUUAAAAUGAAGUUAGUCCAGAUUUUAGGAGAUAUAACUGCUCCUUGAUCAUUUCUUUGCGUGAACUAAAGUGAUCACUCUGACCUGUUCCACAUUUUUGGGAUGACUGGUUCCCUACAAUAUGACUAUAUGCACAGCAUAUGCACUGCUUAGAUUAAAAUAAAGCUAUCACAUGAGCAUUUUAAGAUGUAAUUCAAAGUUAAGGUUUUGUUAAUUAUGUCAAAGUCCCCUGCUCUGCUACUCCCCAAGUUAGUAUUGUUGUAUAUCGUUUUGGUGUUUAAACCUGGUAUGAAAAAGGUAUAUUUUAAAAAAUAUAUAUAUUUUUAUUUUUUAUUUUUAGAUCCAUACUCACACAAUGGAGACAGUAGCACUCGCCACUUAAACCGUUCAGGAGAUUUGUCAGAACUGGAACCCCUAAAGGUAACACACAGUUUCAAUUGCAUUCUUUUUUUUCUCACCUGCAGCUUUAUGCGGCUUCUCUUCACAUCUUUGCAUAAUAUCUAUCUCACUACUAACGAUCUUUGUCACAGGAACGGUCUCUCAGUGCUGCGGGAUCUCUGGAUCUUGGGGAUGCUGAAGACCAGCCAGUCUAAUACCACAUCUCUCGCAUGUGUAUGUAAUAUGAGUUGUCUGGGUCUCUUGCAUGCACGUGUGACCAGUCUAAUAUGUACAUGUCACUUUGUGUUAGCUGUUACUUUGCUACUACAGAUGUUGCUUGAUCUCCUAAUUCUCAUUUGUUUUCUUUGACAGGGUGAAACACAAGCUUGA